UUCAAGGAACCAACCAUCAGACGUGAGCGCUGUUGAGACCACUACGCCACCUGUUGGAGGUAAGUAAAUGCGUGUGAUUUGUUUGAAUAGAAAUGAACGAUGUGGAAACUAGUAAAGUAGUAAGUUGGUAAAUUAUUAUAAAUGGUAACUAUUUGGUAAAUUAGUAUCAAUUGGAAACUAGUUGGUAAAUUUCAAUCAAUUGGAAAAUAGCUGGUAAAUUAAUAUCAAUUGGAAACAUGUUUUUUAAAAAAAACCCACAAACAGAAAUGUGAAAAUAUUUUUUCUAGAUUUGCACAUAAACAACAACUAAAAUGCAUAUUGGAACAUAAAGGACUCUUCACUUCGGUUUCAAAUGCUAACAAACAUAAUUAUUCAUUUAAGUCUGGCUUCAUUUUCAAACGGAUUUAUCAAUGAAAUAGAGAUUAUAGAAAGGUCUAAAUAUACCACUACAGUAUUUUAAUUAAUGCAUAUUCCAUUAAAGGUAUUUAAAAUAUUUAAGUAAUAUACUAACAAUUCCCACUGUAUUAUUUCCACCAUUAGUACUGUUUUUACCUGGACACAACUGGUUUGUUGGUUCUUUUUCUAGCUUUGUUAUGAGCUACCUUCCUAAUUAAAUAUAUACAUAUAUAUAUAUUAUUUAAAUUGAUCAGGGAAUCGAAUGGAUCUAAUAUCCAGGCAUGCAUAAAUGACACGAUAAAAUGAAACAUAAUUAAUCCUAAUCUGGAUCCUGAAUUUUUCCCAAAAGAAAGCCUCACAGGGAGAAAUCAUUUUUUUUUAAAACCAUGCAUUACGUCAAUUACGUUAAAGAUCUAGUCCCAUUCUCCCCCCCCCCCCCAAGAUGAACGAUGUAUAUCAGGGCUCUUAAAGGAGUCGGGAUCACUAGUCACGUGCCUCAUUUACACAGAUUAUGCACUCUGUUUCCUCCAUCAACGAUUUUUGUUAUCCGUAAAAACAUAAUGGAAUUAAUAAUUAUUUAAUACUUCUUCCGAUAAAUUUAAAAGUAAUUUAGAGUAACAAACAGCCCCCACACGCACUAUUUUUAAUUAUUUUUUUAAUUUUUUUUUUGUAUCCCACUUUAAAAAAAACAAACUAUUUUGACAUUCUGUUGAACUUUAACCUUGACGGACCUCCCCAAAUACUUGAAACAAUUUAUCGGUUUAGUCUUACCCGCCUUUCUACACUGUCUCCCCUUGCAGCAAUUAACAUCACUUCCCGUGGGCAUCUUCAGAUUAGCUUGCUGGGUUACAAGAUGAUAAGUAACUUAGGGAAACCAUGGCCACCUGUUACCACGUGCCUGGUAGGUCGAUCAAGGGGAACCAACUCUCCCCCCAGGCUGAUUUUGUUUUCAUUCUUUUCAUGUUAAACAUUUCAUAUUGUCCUCACGGUUCCAAUUAUAACAUCAAAUGUCCAUAUUAAGCACUUUCAUUUUUUAAGCCCCCAGUUUUGAUUGGUCAAAUUAAAUCGCUUAAUUUUUAUUUUUUGUUUAAAAAAGAUCGAUGGAUCCGGUCAUCUUUUCCUGCCCCCCCCCCACACACCCCCCCUCCCGCUUUGCCUUUAGAAUUCACAAUUUAAUUAUUUUUCUUUUUAAAUAAAAACGUUGGGCCCUUACACAACGUAUCCCCAGACGAUGCCCCUGUUUCCUCUCUGCUUCUUAUGAUAUACGGUAACUGCCCUAACUGCGUUUAAUAUUGUGUUGGCGUCGCUUGAUCUACGCACAGAUCGCUCUGGUCUUAUUAAGUAAUGAAUCACACAGCAUUCACCAAAUUAUCCUGAUUGACAUAAUCGUUUCCGUCUGCGGGACCAACCCUUAUGACCUGCCUGCUGGAUUGCGCUGUGAUGUGUUCCAAUGGUCUAUAAUAAAAUGUACGAUUAGCUUCCGCUACUUUGCGUGCCUAAAUGGCUGAUAAUUUAUUAUGUACCAUGUUGUUAGACGCACGUCAUUUUCUAUUUAAAAAAACCACCCUAAAGCGAAGUUGAUUAAAAACUUGUUUCCUUCAAUUAUCUUCAAUCCCCUGAGUUUAAAUUAAGUAACAGAAUUACAAUCUGAAUGGUAUGAUUUACAUUUUUUAAAACAUAUUCUAUUUUUUCACGAAACGAAAUCUUAAGUCUUAAAUUUAGGCCUAAAUUAUUUGUAAAAACAAGAACGGGUCUCAUAUUCUCAAAAAUUUGUUUGUCCCAAAGGAAACGAGAAAGAGCUGUGUGUGCUCCAUUCUAGAAUAUUUUUCUGUGUCACACAUACAUUCGCUUUGUUUUUUUUGUUUUUUUACAAAGGCCACGUAACAAAAUAUAAAAAUACACAAUGACCGGUAUGACUCAGAAAAAAAUAAUUUCCUUUAAUUAUUCAAUUAGGCUCUAGGUGAAACGGCAGAGCGUUCACGAAGUUCAGAAUGUAGUGUUCCGUAUCAUUUAAAACGUUUGUUGAUUUGUUGUGAGAUACGAUCCCCUGUUCGUUAAUUAUUGAUAAUUAGGAGGGGGGCAGACUGCAUUCCGGUUAGCCAAAAAAAGGAAAUGAGUAAAACAAAGUAUGGGAAAACCCGACAAAGGAAUGCAACAAAACGACGAACGUAUCGACAGGAAUCCUUCGUCAGCGAACAAACAACAGAAAAUACAGAAUGAAAAAAAAAUAGCACUUAACUUAACUGAAAGGUUGUGUCCGAUGGGGCAGCAAAAGGAUUCGUUAAUUAUUGGUUGUCUUUUUUUAAAAAAAUACUGAUGUUGAAACUUUCUGAAUAGUAUUUACAAACAUCUGACAUGGUUAUUUCAGGAUCUUCCGUUAAAUUUACCGAGGUUUGCCAACAACUGGUGUAGAGUACAGAGUAAAUUUCAUCUGGCAUAUUUAUAGGAUGAAAUUUCUGAUUUUAAAUAUUAAAAUAGUUUAUUGGAAAAAAAAGAAUAAUAAAGAAAAUGAUUCCACACUUUGCUCUUGUUUUGAUUUGAGUUUUGGACCCAAUGGGAAAAUGAGGCAUCAGUAAUUGAGAUGAGAAUGGUAAUAAGUUAAUAUUGUCAUAAAUUGUAAUAUCAGCGAGGCAAAGUGAUCAGAACUCGAUGAACCAUUUGGUACAUGCAGGUUAAGUAUGAACAACGAUGGCAACUCCUUAAGGUUUAAUCAUCUUAUCAUAUUCAGUAACUUAUAUCCAUUUGAUCGAAUUGCCACUUUUCUCCUUUUCUGAUAACCAUCGACCACUGAUGUCUCUGUUAAACUUUAAAAAAAAAAACAACAACAUUUUUAACAAUGAUGGUAUGGAUUAGUGUUUUAAAAAAAGGAGAAAUGAAAAUCAAAACUCAACCUUAGCAACGGAUUUAAAACCAGAAAAUUAUUAUUUUUUUUUAAAAUUUGAUUGUUGUGACCCUGGCCCUGCUCCAGUGGCGUAACAAGGGUUCUUGUCACCUGGUGCUAUUAACUCGUGGUGUUAACCCCCUCCCCCCUGCCUUCCAUGGUGGAUUUCUCCACGUUAAAAUAAGUCCACACUAUACAAAUGAGAAUAACACAAAAAAAAAAAAAAAAAAAAAAAAAAAAAAAAAAAAAAAAAAAAAAUUUACUUUAUUAAAAAAUUUAUUUCCGUGUGACGUGUGUCAAAAUGUACGUGUGAUCGGUUAUUUUUUGAUGAAAUUCGGUUCCACUGAGCCAUUGUGUGCUCUAUUAAUAGGCAUUUUUCUUUCAAUUUGGGGUCACCGCCCCCCCCCCCACUGAGAUGGUGUCACCCGGUGCGGUCUGCUCCCCCCCCUGCUAUGCCACUGGUCUUCACCCAGUCUUGACUCAUGCAUGAUAAACUGAUACAUACUUAAAAUGAUGAUGAUUAUAUAAUUGCCCGGCAUCCGUCUGCUUUCAUCAGGUCUUUGAAAUAAAUAAAGCUAAUUAUUAACUUUAAACAAAUAUAAAUUCAAUGUAAACACCCGUUUGUCUUUGCUACUAUGUUUUUUAGAUAUUGAAAACGCACUAGUCAAUAGAUCACGUCCUAUAGCUACUAAAUGUGAUGAUCAGUUGUAAGACGUUGCUCAACAUUCGAUUGGGCAAUUACCAGACUUCUUGUCAACAGAUUUUAAUUAUCUUUUAAUUUGAUUUUUUUUAUUGAUUAGUACCAAAGGGCACUAAUAAUGGAGAAGAAAUAUUAUCUGAGUACAAUAUGUAUGUGAAAUAAUUAGCCAAAGAUAACAUGUGAAAUCAUUAAAUAUAUUAUUCCCCCUCCCCCAUCCGUCAUAAGUAUUAAGUACACUUACAUUUCGCUACUCGUAAUCAAUCUAACACAUUUAAUCUUGUGUACAGAUAUCAUUUCGAUGUUCGUUUAAACUUGUAACUGCCAUAUUUUCUGGGCAUGUUUCUGCACUGUUCUAAAUCAUAUCAAUCGUUUUUAUUUGUACGACAGCAUAAUGUUAUUUAAAUGAAUGUUUUACAAAGAAUGCUAUAGACAAUUUAACAUUUGCAAAAUAGUUAAUACAAAAAAAAAAUUGUUUCUUUUUCUCACCUAAUAACCAAUUCAGGCUGUACUACUAAAAGAAAUAUUUUUUAAAAAAAUUAGAAAUUACAUUAUUUCAAUACUGAAGGUAAAGAUUGCAGCAUGUGCGCGAUUGACGCUCUAAUAAAGGCGUAUUUAAAAUCUUGAUAGUCUUAUUUUAAAAAUACUUUCAUUCCUAACCAUAUUUUUUUUUAAAAGUGCUAAUUUGUUUGUUUUUUUAAAGAUAUGACACACUAAUUUUCUUUUCUAUAAAUACACCAUAAAGAAAAUCACAAAGAACAACACACAAGUGAAUACACGAAUUUGUAUCAUUUUGAAGAUGUUAGACAACAACUCUUACAUUGCUACGCGACCCGAUGAAACCCAUCACAGUGCCAGCUUCGAUACAAUCAUAAGCGAUGAGAUUCGACGGUACUUUGAAGUCGUCAACUACGUUUUCCUCAGCGGAUCCAUCGGCCUCUUCGGAAUCUUCGCCAACAUCAUCAACAUCGUGGUGUUUAUAAAGCAAGGCGUCACCGACUCCAUAACCGUGAGCCUGCUGGGCCUGGCCAUCUCAGACAUGUGCGCCCUGGUGACACUUGAGUGGUUUACGGUCCUCGCAAACCCGUUGCUACUCAGGGCCGAUAUCCAGUUCGCUCCUUCGGAGUUCCAGUACCUGACCGCGGGAUGGCCCCACGUUUGCUUCACGAGGAUCACUUGUUGGAUCACCUUUUACAUUACCUUCGAAAGAUGCAUGUGUAUCACAUUUCCCCUUAAGGUCAAGGUACUUAUAACACCGAGACGGUCCGGUAUUGUGGUCAUUCUCAUUUUCCUUGUGUUUUUCCUGUCAUUGAUUCCAAUGUAUUAUUCCAACUACUUUGGCUGGAAAUUAUAUCCUGUCUACAACAGAACCUUCCUAGGACUUCUCCGCAGGGACAAUUUCAAAGCAUUGGAAAGUGUGACCUUGGGCCUGAAUGUCACCCUCCAAAUCACGUCCUUUUUGUCCACCAUCUUAAUCACGGCCGUUUUGGUCUAUGAACUGAGAGAGAAAGCAAAAUGGCGUACGAUGUCAAGUAGCAACAGUUUGCAGACGACAACCAGGGAACAUAAAUUAGGGAAGAUGAUAAUCCUCUUAUCUUCCAUUCUCAUCGUGUGCUAUCUCCCGGGCACCAUGUUCAACAUCGUUAAAAUUCUAAUUCCCGAAUUCACCGUUUCUGGCAAGUACGAGAACGUCUUUAACACGGUCUGGUCGUUCGGUUGGAUCUUCCAGGCCCUGAACUCCAGUGUUAACAUUUUCGUCUACUACCACAUGAGCACAAAGUAUCGCUCUACGUUUCGCUCGCUAAUCUGCGUGGUGAAGGCAUCUGACACCUUGAUAAAAUAAGUCGAGGUUAAACUCGUAAAUACAUUUUAUUUUCUCGUUAUUGCGUUUUUAACAAUUUUAAGAGGAUUUUGUUUUAAGAGGUCAAGGCCAAAUAAAUCAACAGAUAUGAUUUCUUGGAGUAGGCUAUAAUACUUGGCACAAUUGGAGGCUUGUGAAUGACACCUCGGAAUGCAACACCCAAUAAUUACCCUCAAAAUUGAUCAACAAAUUAUUGGAUGAUUUUAAUAUAUUUUUUCUUUCUCGCUUUAAUGUUUGUAUAUGAUAUGUAAUGCAAUGAUAACGUCAGUGUUUAUUGUCAUUCAUCUCAUUGAGGAAGAACAUUCUUGCAAGAGAUUGUGUACUGCAUAAAUCUAGUGACACGGUGUUUGGUCGUGCUCAUAAAAAAACAAAAAAAAACAAAAAAACCCAAAACAACUCAACCUAUAUCCUACUGGAGUUCAGACUUAAAUAAAGCAUAUGAAGUUAGGGGGGGGGGUGCCGUUUGGUAAGAGGAAGCAGGACGCACCAGAGGCUAAAUAUCUAUAUAAAAGAAAUUGUUAAAUUGUUUCGAAACAGCACCCCCACAAAUAUAUGUCACGAGUCGCCACUGCUUGUCUCUAUGAGGGUCCAUACAAAUGAUGUUCACAGAUCAAACACCGAGGCCUUCAAACGUUUCGAGGGGGAAGUUUGAGUGUGCUUGGCUCGUUCGUUUACCUACUAUCCACAAUAAGGAGUGAGCUGAAAGAGCUGCCGUUCUGUUAGUGUUAUUGAUCUCAGACUAAUGGGUUGGGGGGGGGGGGGGUAACUGGGGGCACAAUCUCCUAGCAAGAAAACGGGUUUCUAGAAAAAAAAAAAUGAAAAUUCCACAUUUUUUUUUUUUAAAAAAAAAAAAAAGAAAAAAGAAACAAAUGUAACAAUUUUAAAUUUUAUUAAUGUGACAAACUUUGUUAUUAUUUAAAUUCUCUUAAAUAAUUUUCCUUACAAAUAUACAAAACAUCAAUGUUUGUGCUUGGUAAAUGUUUUGGUCAUGAUCGAGAUGUGUUAAGAUUCUUAAUCGUAAACCGGCCAGUCUUUCUAUGACGCACUUCUUUUGUUAUAUUAGUUUAUCUUUGACAUUCUUCUGUCUACUGUAGACGAUGGUGUGUGCUUGAAAUUAAUAAUAUACAAUGCCAUCAUCUUCUUUCUUGUCUUAAAAAUCUAAUAUAUUCAGUCACGUGACAUGAUUUAGAGUGUUUUUUUUUUAUAUAAUCACACAAAAUAUGUUCGCUGCAGUGCCAAGAAAUAAUUCUUCAAAACUUUUUUUCCAUAAUUCAAUUAAUAGUAAUUUUUAAAAAAAAUGUUUUUUAUGUAUGCAUCAAUGAUCUGUCAGUAUUAAUCCCUAUCAAAUAUGCAAUGGCGGAGAUAACUAUGUACAAAGAUCAAGCAACAGAUUCAUCCCAAAAAACCAAGUCAGUGCUAACAAUAUUUCUGUUUCAAAAUAUACGUGAGAAACAAUAAUUAUCUUGAAAGUCUUUUGAUAAGAGAGCACAAACUUGCUUAACAGACAUUGGACAAAACAGCCACGUGUCGCAAUAUUAACCCAAACCGUAUCUGCAACUGAUUACAUCUAACUAGAAAGUCUUGAGAAAAAAUAACGAAAGUUAACUUAAAAGAAUUCACCAUGGGAAAAAUGUUUCAUUAAAUAUUCAACUUCUAAAAAACAUUUUAGUAGUGGCCAUAGACAGGCUGACACUUUUCACUAAAACGUCACCCCCCACCCCCCACGAUGGUCUGCCUGGCACGUGCCAAGAUUUUUUUUCACUACUGUUAUGAUCUCUUGUAUUUACAUCUGGGACCCACACGUUCCUACAUGGGGCAUUCUCUCAGUGUUGGCUCGUACACUGAAAAUGAUCUCAUAAAAACAACUAUAUUGACCGGUGUAAAAGCAGACAUGGAAUAGCAGGAUUUUUUUAAACGGGUAAUUCUUGUCGGAAUACUAUAUAUAUGUAUGUAUAUUAAAGAUGAGAACCGUGACAAUAACAAAUACAUUAAACAUUACCAUUCAUUAAAACGUGUUUUAAAAAAAAGAAACUUUCAAAGAAAUAAUUUUAAUGAAACCAUGAGCUACCGCAGUAUAGAAACAGCUUUUACAUUCAUGAUUUGAAUCCGUUAAUGGAUCCAUACAUAGUACGUACAUUAUAUUGGCAUCGGUGAUACUAUUAUCAAAUGUUAAUUUAUUACUAAACAAUAAUAUUCAAAAUAUAUUUGUAAUGAGAAUCUAAAAUUAUUCUUUUUUUUUAUUUACUCAUGCGGAUUUUAUAAAAAAAAUAUAUAUAAGCUGUUAUAAACAUACGCUGAUAUAGGGUUAUUGUGGAUAAUGAUGAAUUGAUAUGGUAGGUUUGAAUAAAAAACAGCCCCCCCCCCCUGUUUUAGAUGUAUACCCUAAGACUCACACAGAAGGUAUGAAGGGUUCAAGAAGAGUAUGAAACAGCGCCAACUGUUUUAUUCUCAUUGCACAUCACCGACAAGACAUACUAAACUCGCAUUAUUUCAACAAUGACGACAUGACAUCUGCCUCGCUUAUCAAUAAUUGGUAAUCGUUCAAUAUGUUUCAUUUGUUGCUUCGUCGAGUGUCAAUUCCUAUAAUUGUCUUACCAUAGAAUAACAGGUCUCGCUCCAGUAUCUUAUGGGCCAUCUCCUGAGUGAGGAUUUGUCGUCUUCUCAGCUUGUGCUCUUCUAUUUUAAAUUAAUCCCUAGGUUUUUUCGCCACCAUUCCAUUUGAAGAGGUUUUGAAUAAAAAUCACUGGCAUAAACCAUUUUUUUUAAAACCAUGCAUUUCGCAUAAAACGUUAAAGAUCUAGUCCCAUUUUCCCCCAAAACGGAAUGAUUAAUCUCUGGGCUCCUAAAGUAUUCGGAAUCAAUAAGAACGUGCCUCGUUUACACAGAUUAUGCACUUUGUCCCCUCCACCAAUCAUUUUUGUUGUGAGUAAACACUUAAAAAAAAUUCAUAAUUAUUUAAUCCUUCUUUCGAACAAUGCAAUAGUAAUUUUGAGUAACCCCCUCCCUUCCUCCCGACCCCCCCCCCCCUUUUUUUUUUUUUUUUUUUUUUUUUAACAAAUAAUUUUUUGUGCAUCCCACUUAGAUAAAAAUGAAACUAUUUGGACAUUCUGUUGAACUUUAAACUUGACGCAACUUGCCAAAUACUUGAAACAAUUUAUCUGUUUAGUUUUACCCGCCUUUCUACACUUGUUGAAAUUAACAUCACUUUCCGUAGGAAUGUUCAGAUUAGCUUCCUUGGUUACAAGAUUAUAAGUAACUGGAGGAAACCAUGGCCACCUGGUAGGUCUAAUCAAGAGGAGCAAACGCCAAAUUGGUUUUCUUUUCAUUCUUUGGCUGUUAAAUAUAUCGUUGUGUCCACACCCUUACAAUUAUAACAUCAAAUGUACAUAUUAAGCACUUUCAUUUUUUAAAGCCCCCAAUUUUAAUUGAUCAAAUUAAAUCACGUAAUUAUUAUAUUGGUGUAGAAAGAGGUCGCUGGUCGCGGCCAUUUUUUCUGCGCACCCCCCCACCCCCAUCCCCCUCCCCCCCCCCCAUCCAAGCUUUGCCUUCAAAGUUCAUAGUUUAAUUAUUUUUCAUUUUUUAAAUCACAACUUUGGAACCUUUAUACAUCGUAUAGCCAGACGACGUCUCUGUUUCUACUCUGCUUCUUAUGAUAAACGGUAACUGCCCUUACUGCGUUUAAUAUUGUGUUGACGUCGCUUGAUGUACGCAAAGAUCGCUCUGGUCUUAUUAAGAAAUGAAUCACGGAGCAUUUACCAAAUUACCGUCAUAGACAUAAUCGUUCCUGUCUACGGGACCACCUUGAUGGCCAGCUCUGCUUGAUGGGGGUGUGAUGUGUUGCAAUGGUCUAAAAUAAAAUUUAGGAUUAGCUUCCGCUAUUAUGCGUGCCUAAACGGCUGAUAAAUCUAUAAUGUACCGUGUUGUUAGACGCACGUCACUUUCUAUUUUUUGAAAACAAUCCACUUAAGUGAAGUUGAUUAUAAAAUGUAUUUCAUUCAAUUAUCUCCAACCAUGUGAGUUUUAGGUAGAUAACAAAAUUACAAACUAAAACUUAUUAUUUAAAUUUUUAAACAUAUAUUUUUUUCAAUGAAACGAAAUCAUAAGUCUCAAAUUUAGGCCUUAAGUAUGUCACGACAAGAACGGGCUCAUAUUUUAAAUGUUAUUUUUGGGUCGAAAGGGAACGUGAAAUUGCUGCAUGUGCUCCAUUCUAGAAUCUACUUCUAUGUAACACUUAAAUUCACUUUUUUGUUACAAAGGCAACGUCACCAAAUAUAAAUUACACCAUGACCUGUUCGACUUAGAAAAAAUAAAUUCAUUACAUCAUUUAUUUCUUCUAAUAAGCAAAUCUGAAUGUUCUGCGCUUUCAUGAAGUUCAGAGUGUAAUGUUCUGUAUCAUUUUAAACGUGUUUUGAUUUGUUAUGAAAUCUGAUCAUCUGUUUUUUAAUUAUUGGCUGUCUACAAAGGUAGAAUGUAAUUAAUGAACAAACUAUUGCAACUUCCACAAGGUCUUACAAUUCCAUAUCACGAUAUCAAUUCAUCGCACUUUAAAAAAAAAGUUUCAACAAACUUUAAGUUCACAUUUUGUAAAGCUGUUUGUUGUUUCAACGCCAUGGACCCAAAGUGUUCCGGCGCCUAGUGCUGAUGUGUGUGCCACUGUUAGUAACACAAUCCUGAGAUAAUCAUCUGACACACACAGGCUUGGGUAGUUUAGGCUUACAGAUUUCGGGUGUUUAAGCCUACAGACUUGGUGUGAUUAUGCCCACACCCUUGAGGUGUUUUGGUUUGAUACAGCCACUGAUUGAAUACGCCAUCACAGGCAAACAUACAACGUCUCAGUCUCCUUGCAUCAUUUCAUGUUGAAAAUAUUAAAUUGCUAGGUUACUUCACAAUCCAAUAAGCGUAGGCAAACAUCAAUGUUAGUUAAACGUUCAAUUUCAUGAGAACAACAUGGAGCCCUACCAACAUGGUGCACAACGAGACAGCAUAAAAAAAUGACGUCACUACACAGCAAACAAUGUGGUGUGCAAAACAAUGCGUAAUUAACAUUCUGUAUUUUGUAAUUUUCCAACAGUAACAUUAACAAGCAGGUUUAGCUUGCAUAAAAAAUAACCUUACAUUUAUUGUCUGUAACAAAUUCACAAUGCCCCAGGUGAGAAAUUCACAUAUAUUAUAACUUUUAGGCAAAAAUUACUAGGAAUUCUCAGACUUGUGCUGUCAUCCCGAUUUGAAAACACGUAUGAUCAUUAGAAGGAGCACACAACCGCUGAUAUAUAUCUAUAAAUACUGAUUCGAUUGUACGUCGACAAAGAUUUUAUACUUGAUAUAAAAUAUAUAUAUAUAUAUAUAAUAUAUAAUAUAUAUAUAUAAUAUAUAAUAUAUAUAUAAAUAGUCAUAUUUAUCCGCUACACGUUAUUUAAUUUGUUUGACAUGAAGACAAUCUACAAAUAUUGUUUACAUACUUAUAUUGAAAUUUCCUAAACUAGUAUGUUAAAAUACCUACACAAGGUUAUGUGAUCAACUUUCUGAGAUUAAAUUUUAAAAUCAUUUCUUUAAAAAAAAAAAGAAUAAUAAAGAUAAGGAUUACACCUUUUGAAAUGUUCAUUUUUUUUUUAAUUUGACGUUUGACGCCAAUUGGAAAAUCAGUCAUCAGCAAGUGCGCCUGGAAUCGAAACAAAUUAAAUACAGUCAUAUACAGUAAACUUUAGCCAAGUGAUCGGAACUUUAUGAAUCUAUUAGAAAAUUCAUGUGAGGCAUAAACAACGAUGACAACUCCAUUAGCUUUGAUCAUCUCCUCAUAUUCAGUCAUUUCUAUCCCUUUGAUCUAUUUGAUCCAUUUGAUCCUUUACUUAUAACAAUUAACGACACAUUUCUCUUAUUUGUUUAAAUUUAGAAAAAAAAACAACACUUUUUAACUAUGGUGGCAGCCAAGUGUUUAAAAAGAGAAAUUAAGUUUAAAACUCAACCUAACGUAGCAAUUAAUAUGUUUUUUUCCUCAUGAGAAUAUGAAUUUGUCUGCAACCAAUGUUGACUCAGACAGGAUAAACCCGCACAUUUAUCAUAUGAUGAUAAUAUAUAAUACCCAGCAACUGCUCUCAUAGAUAACAGAAAUAAAUUAAGCAAAUAGCAAGCUUAAUAAAAACAAAAAACUAAAGGUCACUUUAAACCCGAGCUUGAUAUUCUUUUUGUUUAAUAUUGACAGUGCAAUUGACGUGAGCACACACUAGGUCAAUGAAAGCUCGACAUUAGAUUGGGGAAAUAUUAUAAAAUAAAUCAAUCAGCCGCAUUUAAUUAGAUUCUAAUUAUUAUUUAUAUUUUUUAUUCAUAAUUACUACCAACCGGCACUAGUAUUGGAGGAGAAAUAUUUUUAAAUGUGUACACAAUGUAUAUGAAAUAACGAACCCUAGAUAACAUGCAUAACCUUUAAACAUAAGAUCUCUACCCCCCUUAACUCCAUUCUAUUCCACUCAGUUAUUCUCGACACCUCAAACACAUCUAGUCGUGUGUGGACAUCACUUCGACGUUCGUUUAAACUUGAAACUAUCAUAUUUGCCGGGCAUGGUUCUGCACUGUUCUAAAUAAUAUUGAUAGUUUUUAUUGGUACGUAGGCAGAAUGUUUUUCAAACGUAUGUUUUAGAAAGAAUAUAAAUUGAACAUUACACUCUGCCUAAAUAUUUUAUAGCACAAAAAAACCCAGAAGCCUUUCCUCAAAAAGUGACCUAUUCAUAUUGCACUGCUAGAAGAAAUAUAUAAUUUUAAAUAUAUAUAAAUAUAUAUAUAUAUAUAUAUAUAUAUUACAUUAUCACACCGCUGAAUGUGAAGAUUGCAGCAUUUAAGCAAUUGAUGCUCUAAUAAAAACAUCUUCAAAUAUUUCAUAGUCUUUUGUAGAAUACUAAAUAUUUAAUAACACAAAAAAACCCAGAAGCCUUUCCUAAAAAAGUGACCUAUUCAUAUUGAACUGAUAGAAGAAAUAUAUAAUUUUAAAUAUAUAUAAAUAUAUAUAUAUAUAUAUAUAUAUAUAUUACAUUAUCACACCGCUGAAUGUGAAGAUUGCAGCAUUUAAGCAAUUGAUGCUCUAAUAAGAACAUCUUCAAAUAUUUCAUAGGCUUUUGUAGAAUACUCUUAUGCAAAACUUAAUACCUAAAUUUUUUUCAUUAUUUCUUUGUGCUAAUUUUAUUUUUAGGUCAGCAACCAAAAUUUAUUAAAUUGUUUUUCGUCCUUACAACAUUAAAAACAAAAAAAUAUACGAACACAAAAAGAAAAAAAAAAAAUAUAUAUAUAUAUUUGUAUCCCUCUGAAGAUGUUAGACAACAACUCUUACAUUGGUACACGACCCGAUGACACUUAUCACAGUGCCAGCUUCGAUACAAUCAUAAGCGAUGAGAUUCGACGGUACUUUGAAGUCGUCAACUACGUUUUCCUCAGCGGAUCCAUCGGCCUCUUCGGAAUCUCCGCCAACAUCAUCAACAUCGUAGUGUUUACAAAGCAAGGCGUCACAGACUCCAUAACUGUCAGUCUGCUGGGCCUGGCCAUCUCAGACAUGUGUGCCCUGGUUACACUUGAGUGGUCUACGGUCCUCGCCAACCCGUUGCUGCUCAGGGCCGACAUCCAGUUCGUUCCUUCGGAGUUCCAGUACCUGACCGCGGGCUGGCCUCACUUUUGCUUCACGGGGAUCACUUGUUGGAUCACUUUUUACAUAACCAUCGAAAGAUGCAUAUGUAUCAAAUCUCCUCUUAAAGUCAAGCUCUUUAUAACACCGAGACUGUCUGGCAUUGUUGUCACUCUCAUUUUCCUUGUGUUUUUUCUGUCAUUGAUUCCAAUGUAUUAUUCCAAAUACUACGGCUGGAAGUUCUAUCCUGCCUACAACAGAACCCUACUGGGACUUCUCCAGAAGGACAAUUCUAAAAUAUUGGAAAGCUUGACCUUGGGCCUGAAUGUCACACUUCAAAUCACGUUCUUCUUGUUUACUAUCAUAAUCACUGCCAUUCUGGUUUAUGAACUGAGAGAGAAAGCAAAAUGGCGCAUGAUAUCGGCUAGCAAUAGUUUGCAGACGACUACCCGGGAACAUAGACUAGGGAAGAUGAUAAUCCUCUUAUCUACCAUACUCAUCGUGUGCUAUCUCCCGGGCACCGUGUUCAACAUCGUUGAAAUUCUUGUCCCAGAGUUCACCAUUUCGGGCAAGUACGAGAAUGUGUUUGAGACGGUCUGGUCGUUCGCUUGGAUCUUCCAGGCCACAAACUCCAGUGUUGGCAUUUUCGUCUACUACAACAUGAGCUCAAAUUACCGCUCGACGUUCCGUGCAAUAAUCUGCGGGGUGAAGACAUCUGACCCCUUCGAUAAAAUAAGUCAUGGUUAAACUCACUUGUUAACACAAUUUUUUUCUUUCCGUAUUUUAAUUUUUUUUUUUUUUAUAGUUUUUCGUUUUAAAAGGUCGAGGUCAAAUAUAUCAACAGAUGUAAUUUCUUGGCGUGAGCUAUACUAUUAGUAUCUUUGGACCAGCGGUGGCUUGUGAAUAGCAAUGUUCAACUCCAGCACGCUACUCAAAAAUUGAUUAAUAAAAUAUAGUCCAAGUGUAAUAUUUUUUUCUUUCUAGCUUUAACUCUUGCUCAAUAUUUAAUACUAUGAUAAUUUCGGUGGUCAUUGUCAUUCAUCACAUUGGUGAGAAAACUACAAUAAUGCUUGCAUGGAGCUGUGGACUUCAUAAAUCGAAUGACACUGUGUUUGGUCGUGCUCCCAAAAGAAAAAAACAACCUAUUUAGUGGAGUUCAGACGUCACGCGUGAAGCUCGUUUCACGACAGCCCUUUUUUUUCAACUCAGUACUAUUAAUACUGAGGAGUGGGAAUGGGGAGCCGGUUGUGAAGAGGAAGCAGGACGCACCAGAGACAAAAUUAAGAUGUGCCAAAAACUUUUCUGAAACAGCAUGCCCACAAAUUUAUGUCACGAGUCACCAUUGUUUGGCCCUAUCAGGGAUCAAAAAAAGAAAGGCCUCCUGACGCCACAGGGGAUGGUGAAGUGCGCUUUUGUUCGUUCGUUUACCUACUAUGUAUAGAGUGUGAGCUGAAAGAGCUACCGGUAUGUUGAUUUUAUUGACCUCAGAAUAAUGGCGGUCACUUGGUGCACGAUGUCUUAGCAAGAAAACUAGCUUCUUAGACAAAAGAUAAUGAGAAUUCAUGUAUUUUUGUAAAAAAGGAAAAAUAUAACAAUUUUAACCCAACACAAAUUUUAACAGCUCACAAGUUUAAUGUGAAAAAUGUGUUAUCAUUUAAAUUCGUCUAUAAAAAUUUCCUUAAUAAAAAUACCCACCCCCCCAAAAAAAAAAUAUUUAAAAAAAUCAAUAUAUUUCUGGCUUGUGAGGAUGUUUGGUAAAUGGUUUGUUACGCCUCAUGUCCAUGAUGGAAAUGUUUGACUAUAUUCUACAACGUAAACCGACCCUGCUUGUGUAAUGCCAUGCUUCUUUUAUUACAGUACUUUAUCUUUGGCAUUCGUCUGUCUUCUUUAGACGACGAUGUUGUUUAAAUUAAUAAAACGCGGUGACAGAGUUACUCUUCAUUCAUUAAUCGGCGCACGCUAACUGCAAGUCUUAGAGUUGAGAAUUCAAAGGCAUCGGUUGAAAUACAAAAAUGUCAUGUUUAAAUAGAUUUAAAAAAAAAAAUAUCAUCAUCUUCUUCUUUGCCUUAAUGAUCCAAUAGCUCCGAUUAUGUGACAUGAUUCAGAAUUAUAUUUCCUGAUAUAAUCACAAAGCAAUUUUACUGCAGUACCAAGUAAUAAUAUUCUAAAAAUGAUUUUUCUCUUAUUCGCCUUCUUAUCAAUCCAUGAUAUGUCGGUACAAUCCCCGUCCAAAAAAGUGAUGACCGGGAUAACAUGUACGCAUAACAAUAAACAGAUUUGUCCCGAAAACUAAGCCGGCUCUAACAAUGUUUCCGUUUCAAAAUAUACAGCUAAGGACUUUAGACGAAACAUCCACAAGUUAGCUGCCCGCAGCUUGAAAGUCUUUGAGACAAAAGAUGGACAGUUAACGGCGAAAGACCUCACAACGGAAUAAUGUUUCAUUCUAAAAAAAAAAUAUUAAACAUUCAAAACAUUGUAGUAGCGGCCAGAGACUGGCUGACACGUUGCAUUAAAACGACUCCCGGAUGAUCUGCCUGGCGCGUGCCAAGAUUGUAAACCAUGUUUGUGUUUACAUCUUGAACUUGCACGUUCGUACUUGAAGGCGUUCCCUCGGGGUAGGCUCGUAAACCAUCUCUAAACUCAUACAAAAUACUAAAUGACAUCUUUAGUAGUCGAAAUGAAAAGAUAACCAUUUUAAAAAAAUCUUUUUAAAUGGAACUGAUGUGGGAAUAACAAAAAACACGAACAAACAAAAGGGAUUAACAAUUAGAAUCAUGAACAUACCAAAUACAUUUUAAAAAAAUACAUUCAUUGCAAAUAUGCUUUAAAAAAAUUAUGGGAAUAACUAUAUAUUUAAAAAGAAGUUUCCGUAUGAUAUAAACGAACUUUACAUUCAUGCUUUGGACGUAUGGUAUUGUCUUUAUCACUACAUAGUAUAUUAUUUGGGCAGCAGGCAUGCGCUUAUGAAAUAUUUAUUUUUACUAUACAAUAAAAGACAAAAUAAAAAAAUAUAUAUACAAUAUAUUAAACGAGAAUGCGAUUUCCGGUUACCGGUUUUGAAGUUUUCCUUAAAAAUUUGAAUGAACGUACCAUUUUACAGAAGAAAAAAAAUUGUGCGUUCAUUCACAAAUUUGAGCGUGUGAACUGAUCUGAGAAAAUAUCAUGUCAGUCUGACCUUGUUCUGAGGCACAUUUGGGACUGCAUUUAAAAAAAACAACAAAUAAACGGUUUCAACCCAUGAUAUUAGUAUCCCUGGUUAAUAUUGUGUCGUCGACAAACCUAUUACUCUUCCUGUUAAUCGUCCGCAAGUUCACACUAUUAUGCAUACAAGCAAUAGCUUAAACGAUUUGCAAAAAAAAAUUGGUUUUAUUUCUUUGCUCUAAGGCAGGACGUUAAUGUUUCAAGUCGUUUUCAGUGUCGUGAUAUUUCGACGUUCAGCCCACGCAAUGAACAUUACGGCGAGAGUGGUUCAUAUCAACACUCCUGGAGUCCACCUGCCAGUUGUGCGAUUGCAUAGCUCAAUGCUACAUUUCAUUAAGGGUUUAUGAGAAAAAAAUAUAUUUUUUGAAAGGGAUAUUACAUUUAACUUUAAACCAAACUUGCAUCUUUUUGUCAUGGCAAGUAAAAAAAAACUGUCUUUGGCAUUUCAAUGUUUAGAAAACAUAAUCGUUUUUGUCUGCGCAACCACCUUUAAGGCUAGCCUCCUGAAUGGGUGCUUGAUGUGUUACAAUGGUCUAAUGCUGGGAGUGUGAUGAGUUAAAAUGGUCUAAUGCUCGGGGUGUGAUGUGUUACAAUGGUCUAAUGCUGGGCGUGUGAUGUGUUAUAAUGGUCUAAUGCUGGGCGUGUGAUGUGUUAAAACUGUCUAAUGCUGGGGCUUGAUGUGUUACAAUGGUCUAAUGCUGGGGGCUUGAUGUGUUACAAUGGUAUAAUGCUGGGGGCUUGAUGUGUUACAAUGAUCUAAUGCUGGGGGCUUGAUGUGUUACAAUGGUCUAAUGCUGGGGGCUUGAUGUGUUACAAUGGUAUAAUGCUGGGGGCUUGAUGUGUUACAAUGAUCUAAUGCUGGGGGCUUGAUGUGUUACAAUGGUAUAAUGCUGGGGGUGUGAUGUGUUACAAUGGUCUAAUGCUUGGGGUACGAUGUGUUACAAUUGUUUAAUGCUGGGGGCUUGAUGUGUUACAAUGUUCUAAUGCUGGGGGUGUGAUGUGUUACAAUGGUCUAAUGCUGGGGGUGUGAUGAGUUACAAUAAUCUAAUGCUGGGGGUGUGAUGAGUUACAAUAAUCUAAUGCUGAGGGUAUGAUGUGUUACAAUUGUUUAAUGGUAUAAUGCUGAGGGUGUGAUGUGUUACAAUGGUCUAAUGCUAGGGGUUUGAUGAGUUGCAAUAAUCUAAUGCUGGGGUGUGAUGUGUUAUAAUGGUCGAAUGUUUGGGGCUUGAUGUGUUACAAUGGUCUCAUGCUGGUGGUGUGAUGUGUUACAAUGGUUUAAAUAUAAUGUACGAUUAGCUUCCGCUAUGAUGCGUGUCAAAAUGGCUGAUAAUUUAUAAUGUACCAUGUUUUUCAGAAGCCCGUCAUUUUCUUUUUUUAAAAGCAAUCCACUAAAGUGAAGUUGAUUAGAAACUGUGUUUCAUUCAAUUAUCUCCAAGUUCUUAAACAUACAUUUUACAACGAAACGAAAUCAUGAGUCUCAAAUUUAGGCGUUACAACGAGAACGAUCUCAUAUUUUAAAUAUUAUUUCGGAACGUUAAAGAGCUGCAUGUGCUCCAUUCUAGAAUCUAUUUCUACGUCACACAUACAUUCAUUUUUUUACAAAAGCAACGUCACAAAAUAUGAAAUACACCAUGACCUGUAUGACUUAAUUAAUUACAUUAUUAAUUCACCCUCAUGAGCCAAUCUGAAUGUGCUAUGAUUUCAUGAAGUUCAGAGUGUCGUGUUCUGUACAAGUUAAACGUUUGUUGAUCUGUUAUGAAAUGUGAUCAUCUUUUUUUUUUUUAAUUAUUGGCUGUCUUCAAACAAACAUAGAAUGUAAUUAAUGAACAAACUAUUGCAACUUCCACAAGUUCUUACAAUUCCAUAUCACGAUAUCACGUCAUAUCAAAAUUAAAUACAGUAACAUAUAGUAACAUUAGCGAAGUGUUCAGAACUUUAUGAAUCAAUUAGAAAAUGCAUGUGUAGCAUAAACAACGAUGACAACUCCAUUAGGUUCGAUCAUCUCCUCAUAUUCAGCAAUUUCUAUCCCUUUGAUCUAUUUGAUCCAUUUGAUCCUUUGCUUAUAACAAUUGACGACACAUGUCUCUUCUUUUUCUUUAAUUUUAGAAGAAAAAAAUACUUUUAACUAUGGUGGUAGACAAGUGUUAAAAAGGGGAAAUUAAUUUAAAACUUAACAAAACGUGGAAAUGAAUUCUUUUUUUUCCUUAUGAGAAUAUGAAUUAUGUGAUCAUUUACCUGAAACCAAUGUUGACUCAGACAGGAUUAACCCGUACAUACAUAUGAUGAUAAUUUAUAAUACCCAGCAAUUAAAUGGUAUCAUAGAUAACAGAGAUAAAUUAAGCAAAUAAUAAACUUUAAAAAAACAACAACUAAAGAUCACUUGAAACACGAGAAUGAUUUUUUUUGUUUAAUAUUGACACUGCAAUAGAUGUGUGCACAGGGUAGGUCAAUGUGAUAAUUAGUAUGGGAAAGCUCAACGUUUUAUUGGGGAAAGUGUUAUAAAUUAUGUCAAUCAAGCGUAUUUAAUUAGAUUCUAAGUAUUAUUUAUAAUUUUUAUUAUUAAUUAGUACCGAAGGGCACUAGUAAUUGAAAAGAAAUAUUACCACAUGUGUACACAAGGUAUAUGAAACAACGAACCAAUAUUAACAUGGGUAACCUUUAAACACUAUCUACCCCACUCCCCCCCCCUCCCAAUUAACUCCAUAAAUGCACUUACGUUAUUCUCAACAGCUGAAACACAUUUAGUCUUGUGUGGAAAUCACUUCGACUUGCGUUGAAACUUGUAACUGCCAUAUUUUCCGGGCAUGUUUCUGCAAUGUUUUAAAUAAUAUUAAUAGUUUUUAUGGGUACAUCUAUAGGCAGAAUAUAAUUGAAACGUAUGUUUUAGAAAGAAUAUAAAUAGACCAUUAAACUCUGCCUAAGUAUUUUUAGUAAAAAAAACACAGUAGAGUUUUCUCAUGAAAUGACCAAGUGAUAUUGCACUGCUAGAAGAAAUAUAUAUAUUUAAAUAUAUAUACAUAUAUAUAUUACAUUACCAAAAAUGAUGACUGUGAAGAUUACAGUAUGUUGGCCAUUGAUGUUUUGAUCAAGGCAUCUAAAAAUUCUUGAUAGGCUUUUGUAGAAUACGUUUAUGCAAAACUCAAUGCCUAAAUUUUAAUUAUUUCUUUGUGCUAAUUUUAUUUUUAGAUAACCAAAACUAUUUUCUAAACGAGUUUUUCAUCCAUACAACACUAAAAAAAAUACGAACGCAAAGAUAAAAAAAAAAGUACAUAUAUAAUAUAUUUAUAUCCCUCUGAAGAUGUUAGACGACACUAAAAUUUCUACGCAGCCCGAUGAAACCUAUCACAGUGCAAGUUACGAUAAAAUUAUAAGCGAUGAGAUUCGACGGUACUUUGAAGUCGUCAACUACGUUUUCAUCAGCGGAUCCAUCGGCCUCUUCGGUAUCUUCGCCAACAUCAUCAACAUCUUGGUGUUUACAAAGCAAGGCGUCACUGACUCCAUAACCGUCAGUCUGCUGGGCCUUGCCAUCUCAGACAUGUGCGCCCUGGUAACACUCGAGUGGUUUACGGUCCUCGCAAACCCGUUGCUACUCAGGGCCGAUAUCCAGUUCGCUCCUUCGGAGUUCCAGUACCUGACCGCGGGAUGGCCUCACUUUUGUUUCACAGGUAUCACUUGUUGGAUCACUUUGUACAUAACCAUCGAAAGAUGCAUGUGCAUAACAUUUCCUCUUAAGGUAAAGCUCUUUAUAACACCAAGAAUGUCUGGCAUUUUGGUCACUCUCAUUUUCCUUGUGUUUUUUCUCUCAAUGAUUCCAAUGUAUUAUUCCAACUACUACGGCUGGAAAUUUUAUCCUGCCUACAAUAAAACUCUGCUGGGUCUUCUCCACAGGCAUAAUUUCCAAUUAUUUGAAAGCGUGACCUUGGGCCUUAAUGUCGCCUUUCAAAUCACGUUCUUCUUGUCCAUAAUCAUAGUCACUGGCAUUCUUGUUUGUGAACUGAGAGAGAAAACAAAAUGGCGCGCGAUGUCGGCUAGCAAAAGUUUUCAGACGACAACCAGGGAACAUAAAUUAGGGAAGAUGAUAAUCCUCUUAUCUUCCAUUCUCAUCGUGUGCUAUCUCCCGGGCACCGUGUUCAACAUCGUUAAAAUUCUCGUCCCAGAGUUCACCGUUUCGGGCAACUACGAGAAUGUUUUUGAGACCGUCUGGUCGUUUGCUUGGAUUUUCCAGGCCACCAACUCCAGUGUCAACAUAUUCGUCUACUACAACAUGAGCUCAAAGUACCGCUCAACGUUUCGCGUGGUUGUAUUCGGGGUGAAGGCAUCUGAACCCUUCGAUAAAAUAAGCCAAAGUUAAACUCAUUCGUAAAAACACAUUUUUUCUGUUAUUCAUAAUAAAGAAAAAUAUAGGUUUUCGUUUUAAGAUGUCGUAGCCAAAUAUAUCAACAGAGGUUGUUUCUUAGAGUGUCUUUUCAUUCUUGCUUUAACAUUGAUACUAAUUGAUACUAUGAUAACGUAAUGACAAUAAUGCUUGUAUGUAGCUGUGGACUUCGUAUAUCAAGUGACACUGUGUUUGAUCAAGAAAAAAUCAACCAAUUUACUGGGCUUGAGACGUCACGAUGGAAGCCUGCUGCGUUACAGCCUUUUCCCCCACUCAGUACUAAUAAUACUGUGGAGUUUGGGGGGGGGGGCUGUUCUGAAGAGGAAGCACUACGCACAAGAAGCAAAAAUAAGAUGUGUCAGAAAAUGUUCUGAAACAGCAUGCUCACAAAUAUAAGUCGCCACUGCCUGCCCAUAUUAGGGUCCAAAAAAAAAAUCUGUACCUAUCAAACAUCAAGAACUCCAGACGCCUCGAGGAGGUGGUUAAGUGCGCUUUGGCUUGUUCGUUUACCUACUACCUACAACAAGGUGUGAGCUGAAAGAGCUACCGGUAUGUUGGUUUUAUUGAUCUCAGACUAAUGGGGGGGUCACUUGGUGCACAAUGUCUUAGCAAGAAAACUGGUUUCUAGACACAAGAUAAUAAGAAUUCCCGUAUUAAAAAAAAAAAGAAAAAAAUCAAUAAUUUUAACUUAACAAAAACGAUAACAGUUAACAAAGUUAAAGUGAAAAUGUGUUAGUAUUUCAAUCCUUUAAAAGACUUUUCCGUAAUAAAAAGACAAAGGAAAUAAAAAAAUUGCUGGCUUGUGAGGAUGUUUGGUAAAUGGUUUGUAAAGCUUCAAGUCCAUGAUGGAAUGUUCGAAUAUAUUCAACAACGUAAACCGACCUUGCUUAUGUAAUGCCUUGCCUCUUUUGUUACAUUAGUUUAUCUUUGGCAUCCGUCUGUCUUCUUUAGACGACCAUGUUGUUUAAAUUAAUAAAACACAAUGACAGAGUUACUCUUUAUUCAUAAAUCGGCGCACUCUCACCGCAAGUCUUAGAGUUGAGAAUUCAAAGGCAUACGUUCAUAAAUAAAAAAAUGUCAUGUUUAAAUAGAUUUUCCCUAAAAUAUCAUCAUCUUCUUCUUUGUCUUAAUGAAAAAAUUUUGCUGCAGUACCAAGUAAUAAUCUUUUAAAAAUGAUUUUCUCUUAUUCGCCUUCUUAUCAAUCCAUGAUAUGUCGGUACAAUCCCCGUCCAAAAAAAGUGAUGACCGGGAUAACAUGUACACAUAACACUAAACAGAUUUGUCCCGAAAACUAAGCCAGGUCUAACAAUGUUACCGUUUCAAGAUAUACAGUUCAGGACUUAAGACGAAACAUCCACGCGUCGUCGCUAUUUUUUUUAAAAAUCGUUCAAGUUCGCUGCCCGCAACUUGUAAGCCUUUGAGACAAAAGGUGGACAGUUAACGGCGAAAGACCUCACCACGGAAUGAUGUUUUAUUCUAAAAAAAAAAUGUUAAACAUUCAAAACAUUUUAUUAACGGCCAAAGACAGGCUGACACGUUGCAUUACAACGACUCCCGGAUGAUCUGCCUGGCGCGUACCAUGAUUGAAUACCACUUUUAUCAUCUCCUUUGUUUACAUCUUGAACUUGCACGUUGGUACUUGAAGGCGUUCCCUCAUGGAUGGCUAAUAAACCAUCUCUAAACUCAUACUAAAUAUUAAAUGGCAUCUUUCACAGUCGAAAUAAAAAGAUAAGGAUUUUACAAAAAAUAUUUUUAGUUGUAAAUGAUGUGGAUUAAAAAAAAAACACGAACAAACAAAAGGGAUUAAAUAUUAGAAUCAUGAAAAUGCAUAAAGUGUUUCUACCCACGACUCACAAAUCUUUAGUAUCUUUCGGGAUUUGUUCUGAUGGAGGGAAGAGAACUACCAGAACGACCGAUAUACAUAGAUCUCUUAUCUUUCUGGCAAUCUCCUGAUGGAGGGAUAUGAACAGAUUAUGUUUUUUUUUCGUUGACUCAGCUUGUGUUCCUCUAUUUUAUAUUAACCCUUGAUUGUUUUGUGUCAAUUCCUGAAAAACAACAACACAGCUUUAUUCGUUUGAAGAUAUUUUAAUGGAAUGCGAGGGAACAUAAAGCAAAAUACAUGAGAGCGAUGACAUGAGACGCUAUGUGAUGAACACGAACGUCAACCUAAGUCAUUAAUGCUGAAUGGAAAUAUUUCCUGGCAAUAAUGUUUUUCGGGGACUUUUUAACAGAGAUAAGAUGUUUUAAUUUUUUUUUAAAUCUAUUAAAAUUUAACAGUAGCAAAUUAGGGAAUAAUAUCGUGAUAUUAUUGUUUUUAAAAAUUAUCAGAAAAUAAACUUGACCUUACAAUUAAUCAGCAAUCUUCUUACAACUCAAAAUGCCAAUGACUUCUAACAUCUCGUAGAUCUCUAAGUGAACAAUUUUAUAUUGAUUUUUUUUUAGUAUCAAAGUUUUUUAAUAUCAUCUUAACUGAUUUUUUUCAGACAUUAAAAAAAAUGAUUACUAUUAUUAUUGUGUGUGUGUGUUUGUGUGUGUUAACUCACUUUAAAGCAAAAAGACAAAUUUGUUUAAACAUAUAAAAAAUCUUAAGGAUUGUAUUUCUAUUUAAACUAACUUCUUAACUCCAUUUUCACAAUAUGUCCUAAAUGACGUCAUUAACAUUUAAGUUGAGUCCUUUGUGGUCAGGACAAAGACAUCUUGAUUUGAAAUGAUACAUUUGUCUUUCCUUUUGUUGUAAACAUUCAGUACUUCUGUGAUUUAAAAAAAACUAUUUAAAAAAUCUAGGAGCUAUUUAAUGAAAGUUGUGUUGUGAAUUGUGGGUCUCAGAGCGUAGAUAUGGCUCGAUGACGAUGCUCCACGCAUUUCUCUUUUGUAAGAAGCUAAUCAGUGAGUGAAAAUACACGUUGUUGUAUAUUGUAUAGGGACAGAAAACAAGGAGCGGACAACUCAUCAAUAGAAGGAGCCUGAUUAAAAUAUGAUGAGUGAUCGCAUUUACAACAGCUGUGGGUCCGUUUGAGAUGUAGGACCAUGGAUCGUUCCGGAUGAAAGGAUGCUGUGUGUUGGACGUGUGUCUAUGUCCAUGUGAUAAUUAAUUCUAUCUCCUCACCAAUUACACUGUCAGUCGCAUAAAUGUUUGAUUAUUUGGGCAUGUCCGAAUACAAAUUGCGUUUUCUUAAUAAAAGACAUUUUAAAGAAAAGACAAUUUAAAGAAAAGACAAUUUAAAGAAAAGACAAUUAGUCUUUAAGCAAAAUGGAUGCCGUAAAAAGGAAGGUGGAGGCAGAAGGCGGUAAAGGGGGGGGGGAAGAGGGAGGUAAAGGGGGAGGCAGAGGGGGGAAGGGUGUUGUUAGUCUCUCUUAAAACACAGUAGCUUCCAGAUAAAAAAAAAAAAGAAAGGGGGUUCCCCCCCCCCCCCCCCAACAAUUAAACAGUCAACAGCCUUGUUAUCUCCGAUGGGAGAUUUCGUUAAACCAUCUGCACACGACACACUCAUUAGACGUAUCAGGAUAUUUCCUAACCCUACUCGUUCAGAUAUUCAGGCGUAGAUUUGUUUCUUUAUAGGCUCUCUUACUUCCCGAACCUCUCUUUCUCUCAAUCUCUGUCUUUCUCUUGUUCUCGCACUCUCUCUAUCUAUCUCUCUCUCUCUCUCUCUCUCUCUGUCUCUGUCUACUAUAUCUCUCUAUUUAUUCCACUGUCUCUCCUUAGCACAUUCUCUCUCCUUGUAUCUCUCCUUGUCUCUCUUUUUCACUAUUUCGAUUUUAUAUCUCAUUCUCACUCACUAUCUCAUAAUUAUAUAAAUAACUAAAUAUAAAUAUUUAUAUAAAUCGAUAUAACCAGACAUGUGGUAAAUUGUGUUUUGUUACAAGGCAUGAUCAUAAGUGCAGAACAUAUUUUAGUAAUUUUGAGCUUAGAAUGUAUGAUAUAAAACCUAUGUUAUCAAUGUGUCCAGAUGUCACCUAAUCUUCAUACGACUUGUUAAGUCGUUGGGUCCUGAGUCAAAUAUAAAUGUGUUCACCCUGCCCCCAAUUGUUUUGAAAUGAUUAGUUUAAGGCAUCAUAUUUCCCGUUUCAUCUCUGAUGACUUUUGUCAUUGUGAGCAGCUUUAUAUUUUAUCACCGUAAGGUUGUGAUAACAUACAUAUUUUAUUCAAAAUUUGGUCAUACAUCGCACGCCCCCUUCUGAAGGCUCUCCUUGUGAGGCAAACGUUAGAGUUAGUUUAAAAGCCUUGCAUGCCGUGGGGUGCUCCAGUCCACCAUUGGCUUUCUGAUGAGCUAAUAUUAAGGAUAUUAAACGAGAAUGCGAUUUCCGGUUAUCGGUUUUGAAGUUUUCCUCAAAUAUUUGAAUGAACGUACUAUUUUACAGAAGAAAAAAACAAUUGUGCGUUCAUUCACAAAUGUGAGCGUGUGAACUGAUCUGAGAAAAUAUCAUGUCAGUCUGACCUUGUUCUGAGGCACAUUUGGGACUGCAUUUAAAAAAACAACAAAUAAACGGUUUCAAUCCAUGAUAUUAGUAUCCCUGGUUAAUAUCGUGUUGUCGACAAACCUAUUAAUCUUCCUGUUAAUCGUCCACAAGUUCACACUAUUAUGCAUACAAGCAAUAGCUUAAACGAUUUGCAAAAAAAAAAAUGGUUUUAUUGUUUUGCUCUAAGGCAGGGCGUUAAUGUAUCAAGUCGUUUUCAGUGUUGUGAUAUUUCGACGUUCAGCCCACGCAAUGAACAUUACGGCGAGAGUUGUUGAUAUUAAGACUCCUGGAGUCCACCUGCCACUUGUGCGAUUGCAUAGCUCAAUGCUACAUUUCUUAAAGGGUUUAUGAGAAAAAACUUUUUUUUGAAAGGGAUAUUACAUUUAACUUUAAAACAAACUUGCAUCUUUUUGUCAUGGCAUGGAAAAAAAUAACUGUGUUUGGCAUUUCAAUGUUUAGAAAACAUAAUCGUUUUUGUCUGCGCGAACACCUUUUAGGUUAGCCUACUGGAUGGGUGCUUGAUGUGUUAGAAUGGUAUAAUGCUGGGGGCUUGAUGUGUUACAUUCGUCUAAACCUGGGGUUGUGAUGUGUUACAAUUGUCUAAUGCUGGGGGUGUGAUGAGUUACAAUAAUCUAAUGUUGGGGGUGUGAUGAGUUACAAUAAUCUAAUGAAUGGGGUGUGAUGAGUUACAAUAAUCUAAUGUUGCGGGCUUGAUGUGUUACAAUUGUCGAAUGUUGGGGGCUUGAUGUGUUACAAUGGUCUCAUGCUGGUGGUGUGAUGUGUUACAAUGGUCUAAAAUAUAAUGUAGGAUUAGCUUCCGCUAUGAUGCGUGCCAAAUAGGCUGAUAAUUUAUAAUUUACCAUGUUUUUCAGAAGCCGGUCAUUUUCUAUUUUUAAAAGCAACCCACUAAAGUGAAGUUGAUUAGAAACUGUGUUUCAUUCAAUUAUGUCUAAUCCUUUGAGUUUUACUUAAAUUACAGAAUUACAAACUAAAACUUAUUAUUUAAGUUUUUAGACAUAUAUUUUUCAACGAAACGAAAUCAUAAGUCUGAAAUUUAGGCUUUAAGAGUGUUACAACGAGAACGGUCUCAUAUUUUAAAUAUUAUUUUGGAAGUAACGGGAACGUUAAAGAGCUGCCUGUUCUCCAUUCUAGAAUCUAUUUCUAUGUCACACAUCAAUUAAUUUUGUUACAGAGGCAACGUCACAAAAUAUAAAAUACACCAUGAACUGUACGACUUAGAAAAAUAAAUUAAUUACAUUAUUCAUUUAUUCUAAUAAGCAAAUCUGAAUGUUCUAUGAUUUCAUGAAGUUCAGAACUUAGUGUUCUGUACAUGUUGUUGAACGUUUGUUGAUUUGUUUUGAAAUGUGAUCAUCUGUUUUUUAAUUACUGGCUGUCCAUAAACAAAAAAAGAAUUAAUUAAUGAACAAAUUAUUGCUACUUCCACGUCGUCUUUCAAUUCUAUAUCACGAUAUCAAUUCAUUGCACUUUAAAAAAAAAAGAUUUAACAGACUUGAAGUUCACAUUUUGUAAAGUUGUUUGUUGUUUCAAACCCUUGGACCCAAAGUGUGCAGACGUCCAGUGCUGAUGUGUGUGCCACUGUUAGUAACACAGUGCUGAGAUAAUCAUCUGACACACACAGGCUUGGGUAGUGUAGUCUUACAGUUUUCGGUUGUUUAAGCCUACAGAAUCUGGUGUUUAUGCCCACACUAUAGGGUUGUUUUGGUUUGAUACAGCUACUGAUUGAAUCCACCAGCACAGGCAAACAGGCAACAUUUUAUCUACUGGCAUCAUUUCAUGUAUCUGUGGAAAAUAUUAAUUUUCUUAGUUACUUCACAAGGAAGAUAAUCAAAUAAGCAUUGGCAAACGUCAAAGUUAUUUAACGCAUUAUUUCAUGGUAACAACAUGGAUCCCUACCAUUAUUGUGCACGACAAGACAAAAAACAUGUCGUCACUACACAAAAAAACACCAAAAAAUAAUGUGGUGUUGUAACGCAUAUGCUCUGACAUCAUUGUAACUUAGUGGGUUAUGUCAGUAGCAUGGUCACUUGUUUUAUGUUAAUAAUUCAGGAUGCCGGCUAAGACUUCUUCAUUCUUCCACUUAUUAUCCAGGCACGCAAAGAAGGAUACUGAAUUCUAAUUAAACUUACAGUACUUUAUUGAAUCACACUUUACACAGAUAAUAUUAAUAAUAAUCCUUGCAUGAAUGUAAUCAUUUCACAUAUAUAUAUAUAUAUAUAUAUAUAUAUAUAUAUAUAUAUAUAUAUAUUAUUCCAUCACUCAGAAAGACACUUCCUCACACAUACAGUACUUUAUUGAAUCACACUUUACACAGAUAAUAUUAAUAAUAAUCCUUGCAUGAAUGUAAUCAUUUCACAUAUAUAUAUAUAUAUAUAUAUAUAUAUAUAUAUAUAUAUAUAUAUAUAUUAUUCCAUCACUCAGAAAGACACUUCCUCACACUGCUAUAACUCAGCUCAACUGUACUAUAUCUCAACUCUAACUCAACUCUUCUGCUUUCAAUCAACUCCACUGCCCCUUUUAUUACCAGCAAAGCGUGGAAACGACCGCUUUGACAAAAACAUAAUUUCCUCUCCAAAAACGUGGAGUUCACAUUUGCUUCUCAAUAAUACAAUACACUCUCCUCGAGGCAAAACAUGGUCAACACAAUUCACUGUUCACUCAUGCUACCUCUCUGUUUUCUUGUGAAAACAUAGUCUGUUACAGGUGUUCACAUCCCUCUGAUGCAACCUUAAAUUGUAUCUUGCAGCCAUAGCAAUGACUGUGUGCAUUGACUCAGAUCUAAAAACUGGACAGAAUGUCUCAUAAAGUCAAGUCCAUAUCUCUUUGAGUAGCCUUGUGCAAACAACCGAGCUUUAUGUCUCUCAGCGUUUACAUUGAUCUUGAACACCCAUUUGCUUCCUUUUGGUAGGUCUACUAAGUCCCCGACUUCGUUUUCUUGAAGUGAUUCAAAUUCUUUAUCCAUCGCCGUUAACCAUUGAUACUUUUGUGAGCUCGUCUGUCUCACUGUACAGGGUUCUUCUAGAUCUUUAGUCAAGUUUAACCAUUGACUAUAACGAUUAAAAGGGCGUUUAACUCUCGCUGGUCGUCUGACAUCUCGCUCCUCAUCAACACAUUCAUUAUCACGAUCAUCAACACGACUCACUUCUUCUUCAACAUCAUCAUCAAUGAAUUCCAGAAAUAUAGGUGUUGAGUCCUUAGACAUUUCAGUCUCCUUCUCAAGACCGAUCUUGUUUUCAUUAAACAGAACAUCUCUACUGUAAAGAAACCUUUUCGUUUUCAAAUUGUAUAGGCGAUAACCCUUGACAUCGAUUCUGUGGCCAAGAAUAAUGCAUUUCUGUGUUUUUGUAUCGAGCUUCUGUCUUUCAUCUUUAGGAAUAUGUUCAUACGCCACACAUCUAAACACUUUUAGUUAAUCGACACUGGUUUCGUACAGUUAACACCUCAGAUGGUGAAGUACCUUGAAGAGUAUUAACAGGACUUCGAUUCUGCAGAUAUACAGCUGUUGACACUGCUUCUGCCCAUAAUGUGUAUGGUAGCUGUGCCUCUGCCAGCAAGGAACGUGCUGCGUUCUCAAUAGUCCUGUUCUUCCUCUCUGCUACUCCAUUUUGUUCUGAUGUUUUUGGAACAAUCAGUUCAUGACGAAUAAUCAAACAAAAAUAGGCAAACAUCAAUGUUAGUUAAAUGUUUCAUUUCAUGAGAACAACAUGGAGCACGAUAAACAAUGUGUUGUGCAAAACAAUGCGUAAUUAACAUGCAGCAUUUUAUCAUUUUCCAACAGUAUCAUUGGCAUUGAUCAGUUUUAGCUUACCUAAAACAUGGCCUUACAUAAAAGUCUGUAACAAAUUCAGGAUGCCACAGGUGAGAAAUGUACAUACAUUAUAACUUUAAGGGCGAAACUCACUAGUAAUUCUCAGGCUUUGUGCUUUCCUUCCACCUAAAACAUGUGUGAUUAAAAUGAUCAACUAACCGCUGAUGGGACAGCCGUAUAGAUCUAAAACUACUAAUUCAAUUGUGCGUCAUUUGACAAAGGUUUUAUACUUGAUAGAGACAUGGUUAUACGCUACACGUUAUUUCAUUUGCUGACUUAAAGACAAUCUACAAAUAACACACAUUUAAAUGCUAAUAUUGACAUUUUAUAAAUUAGUAUAUUAAAAUGCCUACACAUGGUUAUGUGAUGAAGUUUAUCAAAUUAAAUUUUAAAAUCAUUAAUUUUACACAUAAAAAUAAUUCAGACAAGGACUCCACAACCCACAAUUCCAUUUUUGUUUUGUUUUUUGACGUUUGACACCAAUUGGAAAAUCAAGCCUCAGAAAUGCGCCUGGAAUCGAAACAAAUUAAAUACAGUCACAUAUAGUAACAUCAGCGAAGUGAUCAGAACUUUAUGAAUCAAUUAGAAAAUGCAUGUGUAGCAUAAACAAUGAUGGCAACGCUAUUAGGUUUGAUCGUCUCCUCAUAUUCAAUCAUUUCUAUCCCUUUGAUCUAUGUGAUCCUUUGCUUAUAUUUUGAUAACAACGGAUUACACAUUUCUCUUCUUUUAAAAAAAAUUUUUUUGACAUUUUAAUUUUUUAAAAUAUACUUUUUAACGUGGUAGCCAAGUUUUUAUAAGGAGAAAUUAAUUUAAAACUUAACCAAAAGUAGAAAUGUAUUUUUUUUCUCAUGAGAAGAAGAUGAAUUGUGUGACCAUUUGUCUGCAAUCAAUCCCGACUCAGGCAGGAUAAACCCGUACAUACAUUAUAUGAUGAUCAUAUAUAAUACAUAGCAAUUAACUGCUAACAUAGAUAACAGAAAUAAAAUAAGCUAAUUAUAAACUUUUAAAAAUUAAAGGUCACUUUAAACACGAGAUUGAUAUUCUUUUUGUUUAAUAUUGACAGUGCAAUUGAUGUGUGUAUACACCAGCUGAAUGUGAUCAUUAGUGAUCAUUAGGUUGGGCAAGCUCAACAUUCGAUUGGAGAAAUUAUUUUAAAUUAAGUCAAUCGACCGAUUUAAUUAACUUAUAAUUAUAAUUAUUUUUAUUUAUUAUUAAUUAGUACCGAAUGGGGGGAGAAAUGUUUUCAAAUGUGUACAUAAUCUAAAUGAAAUAACGAACCCUAGAUAACUUGUGUAACCUUUAAACAUAGGAAAGCUAUCCCCUUAAAUCCAUAACAGCUAUAUUAUUCUCGACGAUUCAAACACAUUUAAUCUUGUGUGGAAAUCGCUUCGAAGUUCGUUGAAACUAAGUUUAAAGGCCUAGCUGUCAUAUUUUCUGCAAUGUUCUAAAUAAUAUUAAUAGUUUUUAUAGGUACUUUGGCAGAAUAUUAAACGUAUGUUUUAGAAAUGAUAUAAAUAGAACAUUAAAAUCUUCUUUACAAUCUUAUAGAAAAAAAAAACUGUAGUCUUUUCUCAUAAAAUGACAAUAUAGAUAUAUAGAUAGAUAGAUAUUGCAGCAUGAAAUUCAUUGAUGCUCUAAUAAAGGCAUAUUCCAAUUCUUGAUAGGCAUUUGUAAGAUACUUUUAUGCCAAACUCUUUAACCUAAAUUUUAAUUAUUUCAUUUUUCUAAUUUCAUUUAUAGAUUUAAAAUAAAAAAAUUCUUAACAAGUUUUUCAUCAUAAAACAUUUUAACAAAUACGAAGCGAAGAACAAAAAAGUAAAUAUAUAUAUUGUAUCCCUCUGAAGAUGUCAGACAAGUCUUACAUUGGUACACGACCCGAGGAAACCGAUCACAGUGCAAGUUACGAUAAAAUAAUAAGCGAUGAAAUUCGACGGUACUUUGAAGUCGUCAACUACGUAUUUCUCAGCGGAUCCAUCGGCCUCUUCGGUAUCUUCGCCAACAUCAUCAACAUCGCGGUGUUUAGAAAGCAAGGCGUCACUGACUCCAUAACCGUCAGCUUGCUGGGCCUGGCCAUCUCAGACAUGUGCGCCCUGGUAACACUCGAAUGGUUUACGGUCCUUGCCAACCCGUUGCUACUCAGGGCCGACAUCCAGUUCGUUCCUUCGGAGUUCCAGUACCUGACCGCGGGAUGGCCUCACUUUUGCUUCACGGGUAUCACUUGUUGGAUUACUUUUUACAUCACCAUGGAGAGAUGCAUAUGUAUCACAUUUCCUCUUAAGGUAAAGCUCUUUAUAACACCAAGACUGUCUGGCAUUUUGGUCACUCUCAUUUUCCUUGUUUUUUUUCUCUCAAUGAUUCCAAUGUAUUAUUCCAACUACUACGGGUGGAAAUUUUAUCCUGCCUACAAUAGAACUCUGCUGGGUCUUCUCCGCAGGGAUAAUUUCAAAGUAUUUGAAAGCGUGACCUUGGGCCUAAAUGUCACCUUCCAAAUCACGUUCUUCUUGUCCAUCAUCAUAGUCACUGGCAUUCUCGUUUAUGAACUGAGAGAGAAAACAAAAUGGCGCACGAUGUCGAGUAGCAACAGUUUGCAGACGACAACUAGGGAACAUAAAUUAGGGAAGAUGAUAAUCCUCUUAUCUUCCAUUCUCAUCGUGUGCUAUCUCCCGGGCACCGUGUUCAACAUCGUUGAAAUUCUUGUCCCAGAGUUCACCGUUUCGGGCAACUACGAGAAUGUUUUUGAGACAGUCUGGUCGUUUGCUUGGAUUUUCCAGGCCACCAACUCCAGUGUUGGCAUUUUCGUCUACUACAACAUGAGCUCAAAGUACCGCUCUACGUUUCGCUUGAUUGUAUUCGGGGUGAAGACAUCUGAACCCUUCGAUAAAAUAAGCCAAAGUUAAACUCACUCGCAAACACACAUUUUUUCUGUUAUUCAUUGUAAAAAAAAAAAAAUAGAAUUUCGUUUUAAGAGGUCAUAGUCAAAUAUAUCAACAGCUGUGGUUUCUUAGAGUAAGCUAUAUUACUAUUAAUUCGGCCCCAUUGCAGAGUGUAAAUAAAACUUUCCGACUCCAGCACUCCAUAGUUUCCCUCAAAAUUGAUGAAUAAAAUUAAUGUAAGAAUAAUUUGUUUUUUCAUUCUUGAUUUAACUUUGACAUACUUUUUGAUACUUUGAUAACAUAAUGACAAUAAUGCUUGUUUGUAGCUGUGGAUUUCGUAUAUUAAGUGACACUGUGUUUGAUCGUGCUACCAAAAGAAAAAGAAAAACUGAACGAAUUUGCCGGACUUGAGACGUCACUUGUGAAGCCUGCUACGUUACAGCCUUUUUCCCCACUCAGUAUUAUUAAUACUGUGGAGUUUGGGGGGCGAGGGGGGGGAGACUAUUCUGAAGAGGAAGCAGUACGCACCAGAAGCAAAAAUAAGAUGUGUCAAAAGAUGUUCUGAAACAGCAUGCCCACAAAUAUAAGUCGCAACUGCCUGCCCAUAUCAAGGUCCAAAAAAAUCUGUACCUAUUAAACUUCAAGAACUCCAGACGCCUCGAGGAGGUGGUUAAGUGCAUUUUGGCUUGUUCGUUUACCUACUAUCUACAACAAGGAGUGAGCUGAAAGAGCUACUGGUAUGUUAGUUUUGCUCAUCUCAGACUAAUGAGGGGUGCACAAUGUCUUAGCAAGAAAACUGGUUUCUAGACACAAGAUAAUAAGAAUUCCAGUAUUAAAACAAAGAAAAAAAGUAACAAUUUUAACCCAACAAAAACGAUAACAGUAAACAAAUUUCAUGUGAAAAAUAUGUUAUUUUUUAAAUCCUUUUAAAGUCUUUUCCUUAAUAAAAAUACAAAAGAAAUAAAAAAAUUGCUGGCUUGUGAGGAUGUUUGGUAAAUGGUUUGUAAAGCUUCAAGUCCAUGGAAAUGUUCGAAUAUAUUCUACAACGUAAACCGACCCUGCUUAUGUAAUGCCUUGCUUCUUUUGUUACAGUACUUUAUCUUUGGCAUUCGUCUGUCUUCUUUAGACGACGAUGUUGUUUAAAUCAAUAAAACACAAUGACAGAGUUACUAUGUAUUUAUAAAUCGGCGCACUCUCACCAAAAGUCUUAGAGUUGAGAAUUCAAACGCAUCGGUUCAUAAAUAAAAAAAAUGUCAUGUUUAAAUAGAUUUUCACUAAACUAUCAUCAUCUUCUUCUUUGUCUUAAUAAACAAUUUUGCUGCAGUACCAAGAAAUAAUCUUUUAAAAAUGAUUUUUCUCUUAUUCGCCUUCUUAUCAAUCCAUGAUAUGUCGGUACAAUCCCCGUCCAAAAAAAAGCGAUGACCGGGAUAACAUGUACGCAUAACAAUAAACAGAUUUGUCCCGAAAACUAAGCCAGGUCUAACAAUGUUACCGUUUCAAAAUAUACAACUAAGACAAAAGAUUGAAAGUUAACGGCGAAAGACCUUACCACGGAAUAAUGUUUAUUUAAAAAAAAAAUUAAAAUUAAACAUUUAAACAUUCAAAACAUUUUGGUAGCGGCCAAAGGCAGGCUGACACGUUGCACUAAAAGGACUCCUGAUGAUCUGCCUGGCGCGUGCCAAGUUUGUCUACCACUUUUAUCAUCUCUUUUGUUUACAUCUUGAACUCGCACGUUGGUACUUGAAGGCGUUCCCUCAUGGAUGGCUCGUAAACCAUCCCUAAACAUACGAAAAUUUAAUGACAUCUGUGGCAGUAGAAAUAAAAAGAUACGGAUUUUUUAAAAAAUAUAUUUUUGGCUGUAAAUGAUGUGGAUUAAAAAAAACACGAACAAACAAAAGGGAUUAAAUAUUAGAAUCAUGAAAAUACCAAAUACAUUUUAAAAGAUUUACAUUCAUUGCAAAUAUGCUUUUAAUAAAAUGAUGCGAAUAACUAUAUAUUUAAAAAGAAGUUUCCGUGUAAUAUAAACGAACUUUACAUUCAUGCUUUGGACGUAUGGUAUUAUUAUAUUUAUCACUACAUAGUACAUUAUUUGGGCAGCAGUCAUACCCUAAUGAAAUAUUUAUUUUUACUCUGCAAUAAAAGACAAAAUGUAUAUAUAGUGGCAUUUUAAAUGUAAUAUUAUAAUUAUUUUAUUUUACUCCCUGCGGAUUGAAAAGAAAAGGCUAUGAUAAAGGGAAGCUUUAUACAAGGUGCUUGUUGACAAUGCUUACAUGGAUAUGGUAUAUUUGCAUAAAAUACAGCCCACUAUUUUAGAUGUAUACCAUUAUGCUUACAUUUUAAGCAUACACGCUGGAUACAUUAAACACUGUUUUUUAAAAAAUUCUCUCGUUGCACAAGAAUGAUUAGUCACAGAUCAAAAACCGAUCUGAUUGCCCUGGAAUGACCGGACAUUCUAAAUUCGGCUACUUCCAGCGCCGAAAUCAUCUGCUUCACGCAUCAACGGGCUAUUAUUAAGUUUGAUUCAUUGUUGAGACGUGGCCAAUGCAUAACGUGUUCCUACCCACGACUCACAAGUCUUUAGUAUCUUUCGGGAUUUAUUCUGAUGGAGGGAAGAGAACUACCAGAACGACAGGUCUAGAUCUCUUAUCUUUCUGGCUAUCCCCUGAUGGAGGGAUAUGAACUGAUUAUGUUUUCUUCGUCGACUCAGCUUGUGUUCUUCUAUUUUAUAUUAACCCUUGAUAGUUUUGUGUGAAUUCCUGAAAAAACAACAAGAAAGCUCUAUUCGUUUGAAGAUAUUUUAAGAGAAUGCGAGGGGACAUAAAGAAACAUACACAACCUCUUUUUACGCCUAUAACACAUAUAUAAAUUUAAAUUGUUAAUCUCAUAAAAAUACACACCACGUUUCUUUUUGCAAAGUUAAAACAAAAAUAUAUAUAUUUUUUUAUUGUAUUUAUUAAUUAUCUCUAUUUUUCACAAUUAGUCUAGUUUUUAAAGCGUGUAAAAUGAUUGGGUUUUGAUAUUCAUGGCUAUACUUAUAUAAAUGUACCCGAGAUUUUUGAACGCCCUAGAUUUUCUGACCACAUCACCCCAGUUCUUCGAGAUUGCCAUUGGGUUCCUUUGAGUUAGUGAAUUAACUACAACAUUCUGUCACUGGUGUACAGCUGCAUAGAUGGCCCAGCACCGGAAUAUCCCAAAAGAACUGAUUUAUAAACAUUUAUCCUUGAAGAGCAUGUGGUCUUCAACGCAGUACUUUCUGAGAGCUCCUCGUAUGAAUGAACACAGAAAAAAGUCUUUACCGAGUGCGCUCUUUUGAAGCGAUAGCGCUAAAAUUAUUGGAAAGUUUGUCUCAAUCUUUGAGGGAAAUUGAAAAUUAUAAAAAAAAUCAUUUAAGAAACGGUUAAAAACUUUUGAAAAAAUAGAUUUAGGAAAACAGAGCGCAGUGAGCAUGCUAAGGUGGCCUGGAUACCAGCGCGAUAUAAAUAUCAAAUCAAUCAAUCAAUCAAUUUUCUUAAUUGGUAAACAUAUGUUUAUUUGUAAAAAGAGAAUGUAAAUCUCUUUUUCACAAAUCUAAUACCAUAAAAGUUAACUAUAUUGUCAUCCACGUAAAAAUGUACACAUCUAAUUUCCUACCUCGGACAUGUAUUUACCCAAGAAAAUUAAUUAUUUAUCAAAUUUAUUCCUUUAUAUUGAGACGUAUCUUGUGCUGCCUGGGUCAACAUGACCAACCCUUAUCCUACCCGGAUUUAAAUUAAAUUAGAAAAUCUUCCACCAGAUUUUAGUCCCAUCAUACCAAAACUAACAUAUUUCCCACUUCAUUAUGUUCCGUUCUUAUUUGUAUGAGUUAUAAGUGGAUUAGUGAAUGCUAUUUGUCUAUGGAGUUGCGCUGCACUGAUUGCAAUAAACGGCAUUUUCUUAUUAGAAAUAUAUCUAAAAGUUAAGUUUUUAUUACGCCAUAAAUUUAAUAAAAGUAUAUUUUUGGAAUUAAAAAAGUAAGACAUUUUUCCAUUUUAAAAAUACAAUGCUAAAAUUUGUGUGUGUUUUAUUAACAAUUUAAAGAGAAAUCAAUUAAAGUUAUAAAUUCUACUUUUAAGAAGGGGGAAAUACUUUAUCAGUUUCUUAACGCUUGGUUAUUAAAUGAAUAUUAACAUCGCACUAAAAAACGCACUAAGAAACUGAUAUUUGGUUUUUCCGAUAAAGUUGAUUAUCGAGUAAUUCUUAAAUCAUAAUUUUAUUAUGAUUUUUUUCAUAACUUUUAAAUUCGGCUAAACUGCUUAAAAUAUAUCCUUAGUUGUUACUUUAAAUGUAUUUGUAAUUUAUUGUAAUAAUGCUUAAAGUUUUACUAAAAUAGUAGCGGAUUUAAAUUUUCUUUUUGCGCAUUUAAAUUUAUUUGAUUUCCGUAAAAUAUUAGAAAAUAAUUGUUAUUGUUUUUAGGAAUUUAAAGUACUUAAAUCGUAUCGAUUCUUGGCGUUAUGUCACUAUAGCUCAUUCUUAUAUAUAUAUAUAUAUAUAUAUAUAUAUAUAUAUAUAUAUAUAUAAUAUAUAUAUAUAUAUAUAUUAUAGAUGAAUUUUUGUGAUUGCGCAUUUCGGGCCAUAUGAUAUGACUGUAAUAAAGGUCCAUGUUAGUUCCACUAAAUAAGGUCCCCAAAUAAUAAAUUUAAAAAAAAAAUAUUUUUCUCUGCGGCUAGGUCUGUCAUGUACGUUCAAUGGACUUUUUUAUUUGGGGAUUUAGCUAAAAUGAACGUCUUUCCUGGGCAUGGUUCUUAAAAUAGUUGUUCCGAUUAAAAAAGAACAUUGUGUUGAACGUUGAAUUACUUUGGCACCUGAACGCUGUAAAACGUGUUAUUAUUAAAUAAUCAUUCCUAGACUGACGUGUCCAACCUUCAUUUUCCGAAAUAGCCGCAGACGUCACGAACGAAAAGUGAAAUUCACCAAACUUUUUACAAGUCAUAACACAUUAACUAAUAAAUAAAAUGAUAAUAUACACCACUUGGUCGGCGCCUCUGACAUUGAAUUUAUUAUGUGUUCUAAUUUCGCUAAUUGUUCAUUAAAUUUUUAACUUUUUCUUCACUGCGUCCCUUUGGCGCCAUAUCAAGCUGUUGAACGUUGCUCUAUACUUGGAGCUCAUGUUGUAGUAAAUUAAUAUGUUCACACUGGACGUCGUGGCCUGGAACACACCGCCAAACGACCAGGCCACGAUGAACCAAUUUUCAUACAGUCCAGCCACAGUGAAUUCCGGUAUGAACAUCUUCACCAAGUUGAUGGUCACGCCUGGCGUGUAGCAGAUGAUCAGAAUCGAGGACAUGAAGAUGAUCAUCUUCCCAAGUUUCUGGUCCCGGCUCGUGGUGUCGUUGCCAGAGUUAGCCGUGAGCUUCCGCCAUUUCGAUUUCCGCUUGAGCUCCACUGUGAGAACGAUGGUUGAGAUGAUGAGCGUGACGAAUGAUAUGACCUGCAGCGUGACGCUUAUCGCCAACGUUAUGGCCUCCAUUCUUUGGAAGUUGGGAUCUCUGACGAGACCGAGCAAGGUUUUAUUUCUCUUCGGGUAGAACUUCCAUCCUAUCCGACUGGACGCGUACGUUGGGAUCACGCUGAGAACGAACACGAUGAAAAUAGUCGAGAUGAUGAUGGCGGCCCGCUUCGGGGUCAGGAUAAGUCGAACUUUCAACGGCAUCGCAAUGCAGAGGCAUCGUUCUAACGUUAUGAACACCGUCACGGCGCACGAGAUUCUCGAGAAGCAGACGUGAGGCCAGCCAGCGGUGAGAUGCUGGAAUUCAGCCGGGGCGAAUGUGAUGUCGGCGUUGGCCAGAAGUGGGUUGGCGCAGACGACGAACCAAAGCAGGGUCGUGAGGCAGCAGAAGUCGGACGCGGACACCGCGCAGAGGCUGACGGUGAUGGAGUCGGUGAAGCCGUGUUUCGCGUAGACGACGACGUUGAUGAUAUUGGCGACUAUACCGAAAAGACUGAUGAAGCAACAGAGGAUGACGUAGUUGAUGACUUGGAACAGCUGCUUGAGCUCGUUACUGAUUAAAGGGACGCUGCCCUCCGCUGCUGCACGAGUUGAAAUAAUAACAUCAGAAGAGUUGUCGAGCAUUCUGUGGGAAAUGACAAUGUGAUCUGUGAUGAAACUAUUCCUGAUGAUAAAAGGGACUGAGACGCAUUUGAUUCAAAACUUCAUUAAAUAGUAGCUAAUCUAAACAUCACUGUUCGUUAAAAAAAAAAAAAUUGUUAAAUAAAUCAUGGCAUUAUAUGUAAAAUUUCCCAACCUCCUGUCAACCGCCAUCUUAUAACGGGAAAAAUAAAUUAAACCUCCAUUUAGAAAGACUAAGCUACUUAAGUAAUGCAACAGAAUGAAAAACCAAUAAACCAAUUAAUAAAGCUAUAAUCAUGACAAGAAUAUAAUUACGCGCUUGGCAAACAAGAGUUAAUUAUAAUUCAUUACUCUUCUAUUCAAUGGGUGCCAAUUAUUUCGUCCGGGGUUCAGUCACCCGAAUCAGUGUGCUGUCACAGACGAUUUAACCAACUUGUUCAAAUUGCCGUAGGCAAUCUGUCUUUGAUUGUUUAUUGCAGUUGGCUAAAUCUAUUACUUAGUAAGCGUUAUCUAUAAUUGUUAUUUGAACUGACACCUCACAAUUUGCUCUAGAUUUUUUAAACAGCUAAUACCACAAGGCUAUCAAGUUUAUUAUACCAAUUAAGUUUUUCAUAAUUAUAAAGCACAUGCUUAAACAAAAUUUAUUUGAUUUUCUUAGCGAAAUAAUUAUCAUUGAACUUGGUACAAAGAAACAUUCAGUUAAAAGCAGCGUGUCAGCAGUUUUUUUGCUCAGCAUCACCUGUGAGUGCCUGUGACGUAUUUGAACAUUUUACGAACGGAAAAAGAAAAAUAAGUUUCUGAGCGCUGUGAAGUCGUUAAAAUUUUCUUAAUGAAUGUAGCUGCCGUGGUUCGGACGCAACACAAUUCCUUCCAGCGUUAUUUUAUUAACAACGUCCUGUAAAAUUUGUUCCUUGACAAUAUCCUGUAACAUUUGUUCGCUAACAACAUCCUGUAACAUUUUUGCACAAGCAACAUCCUGUAACUUUUGUCCGCUAACAACAUCCUGUAGCAUUUGUCCGCUAACAACAUCCUGUAACAAUUUGUUCACUAACAACACCCUGUAACAUUUGUCCGCUAACAACAUCCUGUAACAAUUGUUCACUAACAACAUCCUGUAACAAUUGUUCACUAACAGCAUCCUGUAACAAUUGUUCACUAACAGCAUCCUUUAACAUUUAAUUUUAUUAACGUCGUGGUCAUGAUAUGACGUCUUUAAUCCAUAUGUAUGCAGGCUCCUGACAUACCAGGCAGCUGGACUUUCUCAUACAUCUGAGUCUCGACUUCAAGUUUUAACAACCGAGACUUCGUUCUCCUCUUUUAAUUUCUUAUUCAGGCAAGGUAUCAUUUGAUCCAUCUCUUUUAUUUAGUUUUUGAUUUCUAAAACCAAACUGAAACGAGCUUCGCUGUAUAGAAUGUCAAGGUAAGCUUUACUCUGCUGUAUUGAUUUAAAGUGCAUAAAAACAUGUUUACAAAUAUCUUUAAAUCUUUACACAAUUUAAAGUGGGUUCUUGAAUUUGUAUUUGUUUUACUUGUAAUUGUUAGUUGUGCUAUUUCAAAAGGGAGACACGUUCAUAUUAAAUAAGAUUAUUUUUUAAAAAAGUAUUGAUCCGCAAUACAAUUUCCUUUAAACAAAUAUCAUUUGAUCGAUUGACUUAUUUAUAAAAUAAUAGAUACACAUUAUUUUAAUUUUUCAUUCACAUUUAAAUGGCUUGAUUUGAUUUAUUUAAAAAUUAACAUACGACCCUUUUUGCAUAUGUCUUAUAAUGUCCUCUGUCCAAAAAAUAAACAACAAACAAACAAAAGAAAAAAAACAAACAAAAAAACCCCCAAAAAAACAACAUGGUUUCCCAAUCCAUCCAUCCAUCCCGUGGCACUACAGCCCACGUAGGGUUUUGGCCUGGCUCACUGUUUUCCUCCACUUCGACCUAACUAAUGCUUUUCCAUGCUUCCUAAACAUGAUCAAAACGCACAGAAAGCACCGUUGAUUGAAAUGUUUCUUUGUUAGUUUUGUGUUCAAUAAAUGUAUUUUUAAUUUAUUAUUCAGUUUGUGUUGUCUUUAAAAAAUAAAAUAAUAAUAAACCGUAAUAUUUGCUUUCAGUCAGUUCUUCCUUUGUCUGUCCAGUCACUGUAGAGGUAACCAAAUCAAACACCUUAUAGUUUUCUAGCAAGUUUAAAAAAACAAAACAAAUUAUUUAGAAGGUUUGCUCCUUUUAUAAUUCAAGUAAGCAACAAAUAAAAUUAAAUUAAAAAACAUAAUGGUAAAUAAAAUAAAUAAAUACAAAUCAGUUUCAAAUCGAGUAAAAGUUUUAAAAGCACUUAUACUUAAAACAGAUAAUAACACAACUUUGAAUUUGUUAACUUUGAAAAGAAAAAAAAAACAUCAACCAUUUAUUCCUCACCUAACCAAUCAAUUUUUUUUCGUUAUAUUUUUUAAAAAUGUAAAACCAAAACUCCCCAUUAAUACAUGCUGCUGCCUUACAUUUCUUUCAGCUUUUUAAAUGCACCCUCCCCCUCUCUCUCUUAACGGACUAGCACAUCUAAUUACCCACCUUAGAAGUUCUGGCGCAAGGAAGAUGUGGUCCACCCGCCACGGCUUUAUAAUAACAUGAGCAUUUCAUAACGCUUCAGCAGUAAGGAAUUAGAGCUAGUUAUUUUUUUGGUUUAAAAUGGUAAGUCUUAUGUCAUAUUUGACGUCAACGGGGCAGGAAAAGCUCAUAGAAAAAAUGAGGAAACUUGCUCAGAUGAAACAUUUGAAGACGCCAUUUAUUUGCUCAUUAAAUCAGAAGCACAUCACAAUUGAUUGGACGCUGGUUUAUUUUAACUUUGCUCACUGUUCAGCUGUAUGUGUGGGUUGAUAGCGUGGAUUGAAUGCUGGUGUAUUUGAAUUGUGUUCACCAUUCAGCUGUCUGUGUGGGCUGCUAGCGAAGAUUGAAUGCUGGUGUAUUUUAAUUGUGUUCACCUUCACCUGUCUAUAUUGGUGGCUUGCUAGCGUGGAUUGAAUGCUGCUGUAUUUUAAUUGUGUUCACCAUUCAGCUGUCUAUAUUUGUGGCUUGCUAGCGUGGAUUGAAUGCUGCUGUAUUUUAAUUGUGUUCACCAUUCAGCUGUCUGUGUAGUGGGUCAGGUGACACAGUUUAGGAACCACCGAUUUAUUUUUUAUUACACUAAACAAUAUGUCAGAACCUAUCACCAGUAAAUGAGCAGCCAGGUUGCUCUGACCUGAUACUCGGUUUGCAAUAGUUCAUGCAGUUCUACAAUAACCUCAGUAUCCCAAACCCAGACAAAACUAAACUGAUAUUUGCAUUUGCUGAUUCAGGUGAUAAAUUGAGCUGCCGUUAUUAGACCGGUCCACCAGCUUCCUGUUUACCAGAUAGCUGGAGUUUUGGUGUGGGUGAAGAGACACACGUGAGUUGAUAUGUUAGGCUUAAAAAUAGGACGGUAAUACAUUCUCUUGACUCAGACGAUGUGGAGAGAGUUUUGCAUCAGUCUUAAAAUGUGCAUCAGGUGUAUAGAAAUAAUGGGGUGGUGGGGGUGGGGGGAUGGGUAACAGUUAUUUCUUUAAAGCAAAGAGCAAACAAUAUAUCAUCAUCAUACGAUACAUUAAUUGGCAAGACAAAAUAAACAAAUGUUUAUAACGGAAACAAUAAAUUGUUGUAAUUAUAAAUAUUACCUAGUGCACAUUUCUUUACUCAAAAUUAUUUUUGUUUAAAAUGGAAUUUAAAUCACAAAGUAAUGAAAUCUUUUUCACAGAUAAAUUCACUAAAAUCACGUCGUGAAUUUUCAUGCGAGCCAGCCAUCAAUGAUAAACGCAGAUGAAGCGAGUUCUUCCAUGGUGGUAAAAAUAUGAAAAGUCUGAGAGUAAAAAAGUAUGAUCAACUUAUUUUUUAUCUAUGUCUUGGAAAAUCCAACCUUGUUAAAAUAUGUUUUAUGCGGGAAAAACUUGCACAACGCAAUUUAAUUAUAUACAGGAUAAUAAAUGAAAGGACUGCGUUCAAGCUGUGUGUAUGAAAUAGUAGAACAAGGUGUGUGGAAGCCUUAAUCAAAAGACAGGACCAUAAGAGGUGAAUGCUUCGGCUUAGAUUCUUCCCCAACGAACAGGACAAACGGAAAUGCGACAAGAAACAGGGCACGGUUAACUGUCCUGUCUUUUGAUUCAAGCUUGCACCUAAGUUGUUCUAAUUGUUUAUAAAUACAUAGACAAAUACGAUUUUUGGUUGCAAUUUUAUGCAAUCUAUUUUAAAUAAUCUCUACUUUUAUUUGAUGAUGACUGGUUCAGCAACAGGGUUUCUUUCAGCUAUAUCUCCGAGGGGGGGGGAGGCCAAGUGCCCCCCUCCCCCCCGGAGCAAAAAUAUACCUAACAAUAAAUCAACUGGAACUGCUGGCACUGCCCCUCCCGAAAAAUCUGAAGUGCNNNNCCCCGAAAAUCUGAAGUGCUCCCCCGGGGAAAAUUUUUGAAAGAAACAUUGGUUCAGCAAGGCACCCAAAAGAACUGCUGUCAUGAUGGCUUUAGUGAUUCUAUAAUCCUAACAUUAAAGUAAACCAUAUUUCGUUGUUUAAAAGGCGAAUUUAAAAAUAAUUAUAUCUCAAAAAACAUACCGCGACCUUUCAAACAAAGUCAAGUGAUUGGAGUUAAAGUUUGAAGUAUACUUACAGUAAUUCAUUUUUGUACUCUACAGCAACCGGUAAAAGUAACUGUGGCAUUGGAUCUAAAUGCACUUGUAAUUUACAGUAAAAUUAGUGCACCAUCAUGAAAGUGGCAUGAUAAGCCACGUUUUAAUGCUGAAAUAAGGUUUUAGAUUGUCAAAGUGGGGGAUAGUUGGUAGGACUAUGAAUUACAGGGAAUACAAUUUUUGGUAUGAUUUCUUUCUUUAAUAUUAGUGGGACGUCCAAUGAACAAAAGAGUCUAAGAAGCCACGACGUGCAGUAGUCUAUAAUAGCUAAUUGUAACAGAGUGUCAGAGUUCCACAUCUAGUCCCCACCCCCUCCUUUCCACUAAUCUCACAAAUUUCAAAUGCACCCUACUUUCUGUGACCUUUGCCCUAACUGUCCACACUGCCAUGCCUGUACCAACUCAUCCUCCAUUUCAACAUAUCCCAGACUACCCUUUUAACUACUUAUAUCAGCAUCAAAACAUUACUGGAUCUCUCCUCCCAUACUUGACCCUACCCUCCCAUACUUAGCGAUACCCUCCAAUAUUAAACCGUACCCCCCAACACUAAACCAUUGCUCCCUCCAAUACCGUCUCCAAAGCUAUCCUAUGGUCUAUUUUGCCUCUGGAUUUCGCUGUAUAUUCUCGCAACGCCAGUCUCAACAUCCGUGUCGGAUUAACCUAAAGGCAAUUGAGGCAAGAGCGUAGGACACCGUGCCUCUUAAGAUCCCCAAAACAAAGAAUUCUAUUUUUUUUUAAUUGACGUGAUCUUGAAAGAUGUCUAAACAUCUAUCGAUACAAAGCAAAGGGAGAGGGGAAAGAACUAUGGGGAAAUAACUACCGUCAAACAUGGUUCGUCAAAGGGCAGGUUUUUUGCGAUUGUAGGCUGUCAUCACAUUCCCCGGGUGACCGAGUGCCGGCCUGAGGCUAACUACCCGGGUGACUGGGUACCCGCCAGAGGCUAACUACCCGGGCAAUUCUCGGGUAUCCGAUUAAAACAUUUUUAAAAAAAAAUCAACUAAAGUUUUGAUUAUUUUAAAUUUAAAUUAAAAAUACAUUUACUCAUUCCGACAACGUGACUCAUUGUCUGCGUGAUACCAUUUAAGAGCCGUCUCGUGGGCUCUUCAACCACUGGGACUGAGGGAGGGGGGUUUCGCAGUUACAUUUUUUCCUUCUUUUACUAAUAUAUAACUUUGGAAAUGUUACAUUUUUUUCUUCUUUUACGUUUUUUCUAAAAUAUAAACAAAAAAAAAUAUUCAUAAAAGUAUAGAGAUUAAAAAAAGGUGAGAAACUAACCUGGUAAUCAUCAAAGAUCGCCAAUCUUUUAUAAUACUAAUAUUAUUUUUUAUAACAUAGUGAUGACAGCAAUAAACACAAACAAAACACAAAUUGGUUUUUAAAAUAUAUGCUUGGACUAGAAAAAAACAAUAAAAAUUAAAUAAAAUUAUAGAAGUACAAAACCUAUCUUAAAAUGGUGACUUUUAUGAAAUAUAUAUAUAUAUAAGUUAUAUAUUAGUAAAAGAAGGAAAAAAUGUAACUGCGAAACCCCCCUCCCUCAGUCCCAGUGGUUGAAGAGCCCACGAGAUAUAUAUAUAUAUAUAUAUAUAUAUAUAACAGUUUAAUUCUAGACAAAGUUCAAUAAUCUUUAAAAAAUUUUAAUAUUAAUUUCAAUUAUUCUUUUACUACCCCCCUAAUAGUCUUGGUCAAUGAAUGGAAAUUAGCUUAAGAUUGAAAAUGAGCUGCCAACAUUUAAACUGAUUGUUUCAUUUUAAAAAGGGACUAAUAAAAUACGGUGUCCAGGCAAGAUGUUGUGAAGCUGUUAUUGACCUUUCAAAUAAUAUAUUUCCUACACCAAUAGAAUAAUUGUUUAGCUAAAGACGAAUGGAUUGAACAUACACAAAUAUGUUGUUUUUUAAAAAAAGACUUCGAUUGUUUAGAUUUGGUGCUUUCCAAUAAAUGUAUAAAUUGAAUGUUUCAUUGCAGAUAAUUGCAUGGUGUUUCCCCCACCCAAACACAAAUACCAUACAUUUUUCUAAUGCAUCCCAUUCUCCAGCUGUUCUUACUCAUGGGCUUAUCCAGGAUUCGUUAGAGUGAGAGAUGAGAUAGAAAAUGAUCACACGUCAUUUGUCAUGUACAACAUGAAGGUCACUAGCCCCAAUACACAAUUACAAAGUACUGUUUUAAUAUGUACUGUUUCCCUUUUUUAGGGCAUGAACGUGAAAGUUUAAGACCGCGGAACAACGUCUAGCUACGCCAUUAAGUCGAACUGAAGUUUUUACCGGGCUUCUUUGCUAGUAAAGGAAUGAUAUGCUGACCCUUCCAAUAAGUCUAAAUGAUUUACAUCGCAGCCUGAUUUCAAUGCACCACACACUAAAAGAAAAGACUGAAGACAUGUCCUUAGGAGACCUUGAAAGUAACAACACGCAUUGAUAAAUGAGUGGGUGCGAAAGAAAAUCCACAAGUCACGACGCGUUCAACAGCGGAAUUGAGAGUGCAGGUCUGAAGAAUCUACUUUCUAAAUACUCCUGACAAGCCCUGACCCUUACUUAUCCCACGUCUUGGCCGGAAAGUGUGUCCGAUGGUUAACGAUGUUGACUGUGUGAUACUUGGUGCUUUCCUCGUAAGACAUGACGAUUUCCCAAACCAAAAGAAAAAAAAAACGCCGAUUAGAUUCGUACUUCUAUUCUAAAACGCUGAUAAAUGAAGAAAUUAUGACCGUAUCGUGUCCAAGACCAAAGCGUACACGCUUGCCUUUAGUGUAUAUUAUGGUCUGUGCUAUGCAAUAAUAAUAACAAUCACUCGAAAGAAGACCUAAUCAAAAUCAAAAGUAAUUUAAAGCGUUUCAAUAAUACAACUUAUAAUUUAAAAAAACUACACUAGGGGUAGGAAAAUCACGGUUCGAGGAGCGCAUCCGGCUCUUUAGCGACCUGAGUGCGGCUCGGCAGUCGGCAAUCGGCAGAAAAUCGGUUUUGAUUACGAAAAAUCAUGGUUCUUGACAGGUUCUUGAAAUUCAUUUUUUUAAUCGUCCUGCUUCUGAUUUUUUUGUCUUUUUGACUAAUCAGUUUGCUGACCAUUGAACUACACUAUUUCAAAGGAGUAAAAAUUACAGUUGAAAUAUUAACACAUGAUAAUGUUUUUUUUCUUCCUUUAAAACAAAUUUUCCCUCCCAUGACUCCCAACUUGUCCUAAAAAAUGUACCUGCGCCAUCGGGUACUCGGGUACCUAGCUCCGUGGGUCUACGGGUACCCGGGCAACUGUUUUUAUCAUUUUUGACAGAUCAGUGAUGACCGCACAGAUGAGAGAUAACAAAUGUUCGGGUUACGAAAGAGUUCAUUGAACCUUUAAACUGUGUAAAAAAAAAAAUAAGUUCGAAAACUUAACAAUACCAUUUGAAAACCCGAAAUUUGAAAGUGGAUAGCUCUAACGCACUGGAACUACAAGAAUCAUAUUGUCUGAAGAUACAAUCUUAAUUCAUGAAUUAUAUGCAGACAAAAUUAAGUGCAGUUUAAAAUUAGACUAACUGAGUAAUUCUUUUUCAGAUUUUCUUUGCAUAUUUCUUAAAUUUAAAAAUCUCAACCUAUUUGGGGGCGGGGGGGGGGGAGGGGGGGUAUUAAUCAAAUGACUUUGGAAGCCCCCUUGCAAAUUUUCUGUUAGGGGGGGGGGGGGGGGGGGGGAGGGGGUGUAUUAAUCAAAUGACUUUGGAAGCCCCCUUGCAAAUUUUCUGUUGGGUGCCCCUUGCAUUCAGAGUUGAUAGUUGCAUUAUUUUGUUCUCCUGAAAAUAACGUUGGAACCCUUAAAUAUAUGGAGCCCCUGCAGCCAAAUGGGUUCCAGAUUCCAUGUGAUGACACUGGCAACAAAACAAAUCGUACGCGUUUCUUUAGACAUAUACCAUCAAAUGUAGUGUUGUAGGGUUGGAAACUGUCGUCUUUUGAGGACAGCUGAGGUAAAUAGAAUAAAAAGUACAAUGUCAGCUGAUUGGCACAGCGACCAAGUGACCAAAAAAAAAACGUGGAAAAAAAAAUUUAUAAUAUUUUUAUAAUAUAUGAAAGGGGUUUUGAAUAUUAUUAUAUUCUAUAUCGAUCUUUUGAAUGUUUACCCAUAGUAUCGGUAUCGUUUUGGGCACAGCCGAACAACAUACAUUUAGAGCCCUUGCAAGGGCCGUGCAUAGGAUGGGGUGGUGGUCUAAUGGGUGGCCACGCCAGUCGAUAGCCUCAGCUGGGUAACAAAAUAGUUAAUAAUUUUAAAUCAUCGUAAAUAAGGGUAUAUCUUCUGGUGGAGGAAGUGAGGUGCGAUCAGCUCAGAGUACCGGCUACAUUUUUAGAAAUAUUAUAAGUGUAACCGGGUUCGGGUUGGGAAGGGGCGGGGGCUUUCUCGACCAAAUGCAUAAAAAAAGAUUGAGAACAUAAUUUUAUGAUUUAAAAAAAAAAAAAAAGUAUGUGAAAAAUUUCGUUUUGAAUUUAUCCAAUAUUUUCUGGGUGUGGCUCUAGUCAAUUCUCAAACUCCUCCCACGACUUACACCUCUACUUCCGCUUUAUUUUCAGAACUGUCCCCGGGGCCACUUUUUCUCAGCUGGGCCAUCGUAAUAUUUUUGUUUUAAAAGUUUUAUUUAAACUCAACAGUACCAGUAACAUAUAUGCAGUGUCGUGGGAAGGCCUUGUGGAGGUGUACGGUCUGCCCCGAGUGGCUCUUUUUUCCCCUAUAUAUUGAGUGGCUAACAUUUUUGGCAAAACUGCUGAGAUGUUUUUGUUUUGGGUUGAAGAGAGAAGACAAAAAGCUUGACCCACCUCCGGGGACAGCAACCUUAGUUACGCAACUGCUGAUAUGGGAUUAAAACUUUCAUUUAGGGGAACGGGCGGGGGGGGGGCUAAUUUUGACUGCGUGGGAGCUUCCGAGGGAGGGGGGGUAUUAUUUCGACACCGCUCAACAUAAUCCCAUGCUUCACAUGCCAAAUAAGAUAACAAAAAACUUAACCGCUUCCCAAACUGCAGACAUACAUUUUUUUUUGGUAUUCUAGGUUUCAGGACAUUAAAUGUAUUUUUCUACACUAAUUACUUUGAUAUUUAACGCCACAACGUUAAUAAUGUUAUAUCAUUUGAUUAAAAGAAAAAGUGGACACACAGUCGGCUACAGAUAUAAUCGACUAGGACAUGAAAUGUCAUCCAUGAUAUUCUUAUGACAGUUUAAAAAAUGCUGCGCAACAGCCGUACACAUAAUAUUUUAAAUGCUUCAGGCCUCUACAGUGUUGAUGAUGUGUGUUUAUUUUCUCUCCACAGUUAUGAACUAGGAUUUGACGUAAGAUUCUGUGCAAUUUUACAGGACCACAGCUUUAACUACUACUGACUGCAAAUAUGCUGCUAAUUUAUUUCCCCCACCGAACAGCAUCCCACACACAGUUAUUUUGUGUUAAAUGUGUAUAUUAAAUUGGAAUAAUUCAAGAAUUAUGGUAACCAGAUUGCACAGUGAAAGGAUCAACCUUUAUCAAAACUGAUUUGAAAUUGACCAUAAUUUAUUUUAGAAACGACACUUCCCCCUUCCUAUCUCCACCCCACCCACAAUUAACUCAUAAAGGACUCCUCCAUUCCGUGUCUAGACGGUUUGAAAGCCAGGACUCGUAAUCCAAGUUUUCCUUUUCCUUAGCCCAUGAAAGUAUCGUAAACACAGGGGAAGGUUUCUUCAAAUACCCCCUAGGCACUAAGGGGCUGCCUUGAUCAGCGGCUUAAAAAUGCUUGCCGUGACGUCUGACCGAUUUUUACAAACCCUGGUUAAGCCGAGUUUUUUUUUUUUUUUAAAAUAUUGUUUCUUAAUUCUUAACGGUGUUUUUUUUUUUUUUUUAAGGGAUUGGCAUUUGUUUUUUUUUUUUUUUUUUUUAUAUAUUGUUUUUUUAUUUUUUAUUGUGUUUUUUUUUUUUUUGUAAUGUAUUGGCAUUGAGUGGUGAAGGAAGUUGUGUAUAUAUUUUAGUUGUGUAUAUAUUUUAGUGGUGUAUAUAUUUUAGUGGUGUAUAUAUUUUUGUGGUGUAUAUAUUUUAGUGGUGUAUAUAUUUUAGUGGUGUAUAUAUUUUAGUGGUGUAUAUAUUUUAGUGGUGUAUAUAUUUUAGUGGUGUAUAUAUUUUAGUGGUGUAUAUAUUUUAGUGGUGUAUAUAUUUUUGUGGUGUAUAUAUUUUAGUGGUGUAUAUAUUUUAGUGGUAUAUAUUUUAGUGGUGUAUAUAUUGUUGUGGUGUAUAUAUUUUAGUGGUGUAUAUAUUUUAGUGGUGUAUAUAUUUUAGUGGUGUAUAUAUUUUAGUGGUGCAUAUCUAAAGAAAAAAUGUGUCAAACGUGGGAUAACUGUGCUUUGUUUGGGAAAGGGCGAACGGUGACGUAGAAUGGAAUUUUUGAGGGGGGGGGGCGUUUCGCCCCCAGGCGGCUCUUUUUUCUUUAUAUGGAGGGGCAACAUUUUCGCACAAAUGCAGGUAUUUUUUUCUUAGAAGGAAUGCGACAGAAAUCGCCCACCCCCCCUUCCUCUUUUGUUAGCACUAAUCCCAGCUACAACACUAAAGAAAUCAAAUAAAAGACAACUUCUUUGAUUUAUUCAUUUACAUUCUUUAAAUAAUUGAAUGGUUUAUUUGUUUGUAGUAAUGUUUCCCGAAUGUGAUGUUAGAGGUAACUGGGGUGAGUGUGUCCUUUAUGCACACCAGUUUGGGUCACCGCACAUAGCGUUAAGAGGGUUAUGAGAAGCUUUAAAAGCCUGUUAGCAAAAGAAAAAAAAAGAUGUAUGUGUUAACAGGAAACAAAUCUUGGCUCAUCAUCUUAUAGAUGGGUUUUCUAUAGUAGUAACCUGAGCCCUAAUACCCUCUUUUACUAACCAGUCAAGUCUUGUGAUAGUGUGCUGCAGAUGCCUCUACAGUGUCAUGGGUGAUUAAAUCUUAAUCCCUGAUAACAAACUGCACACCCCUGCUGAGGGGUUGGGGGGGGGGGUGGAGCACCAGGCAGCCGCUUCAUUGCCGUUUCUAAGCUCCUCAAUUAUGUAAUGUUACCAGGAGCCUGGAGUGUACUCACGCGAAUAUGUGUACAGAAUUAACAGGGACACGGAGGCUAGGUGCUCUGAGGAGUUAUUCGGUUAACUACGACGAUUCUUCCCAUCGUGGUGGCCCAAAUAGCUUUUUCGGACGACUGGUGGAACCCACGGUUUGAAAAGGGGAGGCAGUGGCCGGGGGGGGGGGAAUGCUAUUAGCCUAAAGAGGACAGGUGGGUAAUCAGCUCGCCAUGUAGUGGUAAAGCUUUGCAGGAGGAAUCACAAGAGAGAGUAGGUAGCGGGUAUCCAAACGGGCAUUUCUUUCACAGAGCAUCGAUGAAAAGACAACCAUUGUAAUUUAUGAGAUGAGAUAGGGAAUUUUAAGAAUAAUGCUAUAAGUACAAACAGAAAUAAAAAGAAAAAAAAACAGCAAAAAAGAACACAAUUCUUAGAUGAUGAAAGGUAGCAUUGUGUCGGUUAUGUGAUUGCUUGACAAUUAAAAAAUGUGUUACUGAAAGAGAUUAUAUGUACUUGAGAUACUGACUGAUACCGUUUUAGAUUUUUGAAGGUUGAUGAAUAAAGAACUUCUUUCAAUCUAUGUGAACACGGUGAACUCCAGAACCAUACGAUUUUUAAAAUUGUUUUCUAUUUCUGUUGUUUUCUUGUUUUUUCUAGUGUGCUGAAGAAGGCUAUUGGCCGGUACGUUCACCUUUGUAUUGUCCUGUCUUGCCAGUUCAAGCUUUCACAUACCUUACUAAAUCAUUUCGAUAUUUGAAGCAGCCGCUUACGUAUAGGAACACCACUUUGUUUCCUGUACCUAAAAACAUAUUUAUUUGUUAUCAGUUAACAUUCGUCCAAUGAACACAUUUCUGUUACAAAUAUCAAUACAUAUCGACCUACUCUGAUAUGUUAAAUCUUAUUUAAUAUCUUUACAUUUAACAUACUUUUUCAGAUGCCAUAAAAUGCUUUACUCCUUAAAUAAUUAUAAGGCAUUAAUUAGUGUUUAUUUGUAUUUUUGGGUGCUAUUUAUAUACAAACAAACGUGUCUUUUACAUUAGGUAUCUACAUUGCAAAAUUGAAUUUAUAAUAUCCCCUUACUUUUAGGACAAUAGUGUCUUUAUUUGUCGUGAUGGAUAACGUAUUAGGCUUAGGUUGAUAACUCAGAUAUUGGACAGUAAAUUUAGUGCUAGGCAGUAAAUCCAUUGAGAUAAAGUAACAUUUUUAUUUAUUGUUAAAUUGAAAAUGACACCAAAUGUUGUCUAACCCGAUGCCUAUCUCUGCUACCUUUUAGACCAGUGAUACCACGUUCAAGUCAGACACACCAGAUAGUUGAGCCUGCAGACUGAUCCGCAGAAGAAAACAUGACCACCACAAAGAGCAACCUGUUUUGGUUUCUCCCUCUUUCGAAGAACAGCAGUGAAAUUUACCAGCGAAUGUCCUUUCAUGGUGGCGGGGCCUUUGAUGACCUUUUUGAGAGCUACACGAGUGCUCCGAACGCGCUCGAAGAGUGAGUGCUUUUAGAUCAUGUUUAUAUUUAUCUUAGAUGCAAAAUUUGAUUUCUUUUAAUGAUGAAAGCAACAUAUGUAUAUAAUUGACAUUUCCCCAAUGUUUCUGAAUUACUGAGCGUGAAAAGUUGAAAGGUACCUCCAUCUUUAAGGUCACGUGCUACCCAUUUCAUUAAGCAGACAACUUGCUUUUGAUCUGAAUUAUAAUUUGGUAGGAAUUAAUUUUGCUUUGGGUUAACUGUGUAUUUAAAUUAUCAAUUAAAUAACUUUUUGUAUAGGCCGUUUUAAGAAACGCGUAUUUUAAACUUUCACUUUAUAUGUAUGAAUAAGUUAAAACAUGAAAUAAUUACUUUGAAACGUUGGCUUGAUGUAUUUGAAGCCAUUAAUAGGCCAAAAAAAACCCCAACAACUAAAAAACUUUCUAUAGACCUCGUAGUGCAAACGCCAGUUUCAAGUGAUAUUUUCAUUUUUUUUUUGUUUAUCUCAACGACAGGCUCAUCGAAGCCAACCGGCUCUGGACCAUCGUCCUCGACAUCAGCGUCGUCUACUUCUGGGUCAUUUUCGCCAUCGGCCUCCCCGCGAACGUCCUGGCGCUGAUCACGAUUCUCAAGAUGCAGGUCAUCACGCCAGCCACCAUACUCAUCGCCGUCCUGGCGUCGCUGGACGGCCUCGCCCUGAUCGGGAAGUUCGUAGCCACCGUGGUCGUCCAGCACGACCUCUACCUGGGGACCACCGGAUGCAGGUUCCAGUUCCUCAUCAUCUACGUGUCCACCAUGGCGAACUGGGCUCUGGCGUACAUCUGCGCCGAGCGCUUCGUCUCCAUGUGGUACCCGCUGCUCCGCGACAAGUACCUCUCCAAGAAAAGCUUGUGUUUGGCUUUGGUGGCCACCGGUCUGAGCUUUUUCAUCGUGUUCGCCACCAUCUCGAUCGUGAUGCGAGGCGCGGACAACACUGGGCACCGCUGCGGCACGCGGGCUGAACACGUCUGGUUUCAUAAAAACAUCUGGUACUGGAUCAACGCUUCCCUUUUUCUGUUUGUCCCAUGCCUCUGUAUUGUACCACUGACCUUGAUAACAAUAGUUAAGCUCUUCUGGUCUCGAAAACCUAAACACAGCGAAACGGAUCGAUACGACUUUGAAAAUGAAGCGGGAAAUGCGAACACGGAACGGAAAAAUCAAAGAACGGUAACAAUAAUGAUGACCCUGGCUGCCGUGACAUUCAUACUUCUCUCCCUUCCCUCCUGCAUCUACUACCUGGCGUACAAGAGCAGCAACGACAUCGUGGUGGAGGCUCGCUGGGCCGUUUUCGAGCAGGUUCAGUUCGUCUUCAUCGACUCGUCCCACGCCGUGAAUUUUUUCAUCUACUUCUUGUCCUCGAAACUGUUCCGAGAUAGACUUUACGAGCUGGUUUUGCCCAAGAGUGUCAGUGCCAGGUGCACGAGACGAGCUAGUGAUUCUACGGCUCUGGAAACGAAGACGGAAAAAACCAAACAGGAUUUUUAAAAGAAUCACGAUCAUAAACUCUUGGACAUCGUCAAUAACGAAAACAAGGAUAGACCAUAUAAAGAAUCUGAAAUAGGCAUACGUUGCAUGUUGAAAAAAAACAACAAAAAACUUAGCGAUUUCCCUCAACAUUAAUCAGUUUAUGUUGUUUUUUUCUAAAUUUUAAAAUUUGGACAAUUUAUUUAUACGGUUUCUACGAUAAAAGAAGUAUCCCCUGAACCGAAGUCUAGUAUCAAUAGCUCAGCGCUUUAAAACGUUAAAAACAAAUAAAAAGAAAAUAAGAAAAAAAAAACCAACUUUUAAAACUUUUUAUUUUUUAAGAUUUAACAAUUAAACCAAAAAAAAAAGAAGUUUUAUUUAAAACUAUUUAAGAUGUUUGUCAAAAUGAUGUGUGUGGUUAUUACUAACUUUAAAACACUUUUAGCAUCUCAUCAUUUAAGAUAAUAAUUGACGUCAUGCUUUGUUGUUGUUUUAAAAUGAACAAGAGCGUGGUAAUGAGUUACACUUCAAGCUGACUUUUCUCUUUUCAUUUAUUUUCGUCAGAACAUUCUGUAAAAUCGGCCCCCUUAAGUGUGUUUUUUGGUUGAUGUGUUUUUGGUACAUUCGUAUUUAAAAUUAAAGCGACACAUUUUCAACACACUAUCCCCACCUACACCACGCCAAUAUUGAGCACCACUCUUCAUGACACAACACAUGACUUAGUUAAACGCCGAUAUAGUCUUUUUUAUGGGUUAAAUGUCACACGUUCUUAUCAGAGUCUGCAAAAUAAUUUCCUUAGUAGUGUCAUCUUCUUCAUAGUAAUGUUUGAACCAUUAAAUGUAGUUUUAAUUUUUUUAUAUAAAUAUAACAUUUUUAUCUACUUAGAACAUCAUCAGCCAAUUGUCCUCCAGUAACGCUAAUGUAAAUACUAUUGAAUCACCGUUGCAAUCCACAUACGGGAUUGCGAUCAAUGUAACAUGUAAAUAUUUAGUUUCGUAUGCCCAUGAAUCUCCAAAAGAGUGCUUCAACGCACUACUACAGUUGUUCUCAACCUUCCUAAUACCACGACGCCUUAAUAUAGUUCCUCAUGUUGUGGUGACCCCCAACCAUCAAAUUAGUUUCAUUGCUACUUCAAAAGUAUGCGUUUUCCGAUGGUCUUAUGCGACCCCUGUGCAAGGGUCAUGACCCCCAAAGCAAUCGCGACCCAUGGGUUGAGAAUAUUUGACUUAGAACAUCAUCAGUUAUGUGUCCUCCUAUAACUCUACUGUAAAUACUAUUUAAUAUCGGUUACAGUACGCAUACCGGAUUGUAUUCAAUUUAACAUGUACAUAUUUAUUUUGAUAUACCAUUUCAUCCCAAUAAGAGUGCUUCGACGCACUAGUAGACUACGUCUCACAAACGACAUUUUAGCUCUAGAGAGAAAUAUCGGAAACACUAUUUGCGAAUUAUGACUUCGUUGAUUUGAAAUCGGCCAUUGAACAAAAUUAUUAUAUAUUGAAUUGACUGCACAUAUAAGUUUGAGGACCACUGCCACAGAUCAUGUUUUCGAUAAGCUUAAACUAUUAGAACUUUUAAAUGGCAAAACCUACAGAACACAUAAGUGAAUUAUAAAUACACAGUAUUUAAAGUGCAAUGAAUGUGCCGCCUACGGGAACGUGCCAGACAGGGGUCAAACCAUCCCGAAUUCUCAUGUCAAUGGCCAGGUUAUAGGAAAUUUGAUCAGUAGAAAUUUCGUUGACGGAAAAAUGAUCGAUGGAAAUUUGAUCGAACGGAAAUUUGGU